AUGAAAGCCUUUGACUGGAAUCACUGCCAGCCCAGGAAGCAGGUAUGAUGUGUGUGUGUGGGCAGUCGCCCAGCAACCCCUGUCUUGGCUAGCUUAUAUAAGCAUGUAUUUCCCUCCAGUGGUUCUGUUCAGGCAGUGUUAAAUCAGUAUUGUGCUGUCUGGCCUGUGUUGCACAUGCUGACACACCGGGGGCUGCUUCUAAUGGCACCCUUUUCCCUACAUCGUGCACUACUUUUGACCAGAGACCAAGCAGGGCACCGUAUAGGGAGUAGGGUCCAUUUAGGAUGCAGUCUGGGGCUUGUAUUUGUCCAAUAGGUCAAUAGCUGUGUUUGGUCUUUCGUGUCCAGGCUUGUUGACUGCUGGCUGCUGCCUCUGAUCUGAUGCAUGACAUCAAGGCUUGCUGUAAAUCUUUAGCCAUAUUCUUCUGCUAUCUUCUUCCGCAGCCUUCUUCUACUCCCACCAGAUACCUGGAUGGAACUCAUGUGGAGCUAUCUUUCCAUUGGGCUUAUCCAUUGGGGUUAUCAAUUAAGCCAUAGUAAAUGUGACUCAGACUUGGCCAAGACGUCUUUAAAGUGCAAUAGAGACAGACCAGUGAGCCGGUUUGGCAUGAAUAACUCAACAGUCUGAAUGUGACCACACUUUAUCCAUGGCAUCGAAUGCAUUCUUAGGGGCAAAUGUAUAGUGUUUGCCAAAUAGUAGCAUGCCAGUGUAGAUGCAAAGAAAUGCAGGAAAAGCUUAAGUGUGCUUAGUAUUCCUGAUCUGCUGGUAAAUGGUCUGGCCAGUAGCUAUAAAAUGUUUUGCUGUUAAGUUGCAAUGUGCUGCUCCAAAAGGGCCUAGAUCCAAAAAUAGACUGACCCGUGCAAGUAAAAGGUAGCUUGACCUAGAAUGAAAAACCUCUCCAGACAACACAGGCUAAAUUUCGGACUGUCAAUUGGGAACAUAAAACCAGAGUUUGAAAGCAUCUGCAUCCGGCCCACGAUAUACAACACAAAGUCGGCUUCAUUUAUUGGCUUGCCUUUUUCCUGCCGUUACCAAGCAACUCAUUGUAGUAGAUUUUACUAUCUCUAUUCUGUCUGUCCUCUUUAACAUGAGGCCCCCAGCCACUAGGCUAUCCAGGGUAGUGUUAUAGGCUAGCCAGAGUGUGAUGGUAAUGUUCUAUCUGUGCUGUUUGUGCUACUGUCUGGAUAUUUGACUGUAUAUAACAAGUGGAUAGCUAGUGGGUAGGAGUGGUAGAGAAGACACAGAGAAAGAGGCACAGCUCAAGAGUCUGGAGUAUAUGGACAAUGUUUUAUCGGAGGUCAUGGUUCAAGAGAUUUCCAUGAAGCAAUAGGCUAUCACUUUCAUUUUCACUUCUUCGUGUGAGAUUUUGCUAUGUUUUUUACUGUUUUUUAAUGGAUUUCUACUGUUAAUAACAAAGCUGCAGUAUAUAUUGAAGAUACUGUAUUUUUGUCUGACAUUUCUUCAAUGGAGUUUACAAGCGUCCUGAAUUCUGCUGUCUUGGCUGACGUGACAGUGAUUGUCAUUCUGUGAACCUUUUGAACAAUGGCUGACUCAAAGUCUAGAAGGAGCAAAAGGGAGCUUCAAUCCUCUCUCAUAUCUAACAGUGAGAUUGUUGCAUUCAAAGUAUGACCCUGUUGUAGCCAGUCAUCAUUACCAUUUGAAUUACAUUAAUUGUUUCUGGGAUGGAAUAUUAAUCAAAAUUUGGUUCCACCUCUUGUCGAAGCAAUUGAGUCUGUAUUGGGGUUGACUUGAUGAUACCUCUCUCUGUCUCUCUGUUUGCAGCAAAAGCUGAAAGAGGAGCGUGAGGCUAAGAGAGCUCAGCUGGAUGGCAGACAUGACUACGUCCUCAGCAUCGUGGCUUCCUGCCUGGGCCUGGAGAAGGCUGACGUGGAGGACGCCAUUCUGGAGGGAACUCAGGUAGGGCAUAACACUUCACCACUGCUCCACCUCCAUCAAUCCCCUGUAGUGUGGUCCCUUGUGACAGACUGUUGAGUAGCUGGCCACUGCUUGCGGAUGCAACAUUUGGUUCUUCGUUUCAAGAUUACCUGUAUGGUAAUAACUUGUGCAAAAGCGAUUGAAUCAAGUAAAGGUAAAUGAAUUGUGGAAACGGUGAUUGUGAUGAACGUGUCUCCCAUAGAUUGAGCGCAUGGAGCAGUUCUUUGUGGCUGAGGGACUUCCUCAUAUCAUGUUCUACUAUCAGGAUGUGGAGCCAGCUGAAGCAGGUGAGAUGAUUGGCCAUGCAGGGAAGUAAUAGGGGAAUAUAAUAAUAGAGUAAUAACACAGUUAAUAGUAGAGUUAGAGCUUAAAGACAAAGAGGUUGAAUCUCGCUAACAGAGAGGAUAACUCCAGAUAGAGUAAUGUCUCUUACACUUCUUCCUGUCAUAAAGAUGAUAUAGUGGGUAACUGCUUCGUUUGUCUCCCUAGCAGCAGCAUCAGCAGCAGCAGCUGCCUUGGCCCCCAACUGGAGGAAGAAGGCCAAGGUGUUUGUCACCGAGGGCAAAGAUGUGGCUCUGACUGGUGUCUGUGUGUUCUUCACAAGAGCCAACCCCUCCAAGGCCAUCACCUCUGAGAAUGUGCACAGGGUAAGUCUCCACCUUACUAUCCAACACAAGGCUCUCCAACCCUGUUCCUGGAGAGCUACCGUCCUGUAGGUUUUCACUCCAACCCUAAUCUAGCACACCUGAUUCUAAUAAUUAGCUGGUUGAUAAGCUGAAUCAGGUUAGUUACAACUGGGGUUUGAUUGAAAACCUACAGGAGGGUAACUCUCCAGGAACUGGGUUGGAGAGCCCUGAUCCAACACAUAGUCGGCAUUAUACGUUUUGUCAAUAUUUAUAUGUCUAAAGGCUUAAACAAUUUUCGUAUAACAAUGCUCUUAUCAUUCAUAACGCUAUUUAUCCUUGCAUUCAGGCAAACUGCUUAAAGCACACAACAUGAAUAACAGUAUGACGCGUCAGCCCAAUCUUUGCUUCUAAAAUGGUGUCAAUGUGUCCUGAGUGGCGCAGUGGUCUAAGGCACUGCAUCGCAGUGCUAACUGUGCCACUAGAGAUCCUGGUUCGAAUCCAGGCUCUGUCGCAGCCGGCCGCGACCGGGAGACUCACGGGCGGCGCACAAUUCGUCCAGGGUAGGGGAAGGAAUGGCCGGCAGGGAUGUAGCUCAGUUGAUAGAGCAUGGCGUUUGCAACGCCAGGGUUGUGGGUUCGAUUCCCACGGGGGGCCAGUAUAAGAGCGUCUGCUAAAUGACAAAAAAUGUAAAAAUCAAAAAAUCCCCUGGCCUACUGUGUGGUCAUGUCUAUCUAAAAAUAUCUGGCCCUGGUAGGAGGUGAAUUUCAACAUGCUGGACACCACAGAGGUAGGCAUGCUUAAAAGUGUGGAGCAGCUGCUGUCAGAGAUCUUCAUACCCACCCUGAAGAAGAUGAACCACGGCUGGGGAGAGCUGGCCAGUCCACAGGCCCAGUCAGUUAAACAGGACUUCAUCAGCUCACUGGACAGUUUUGUGUCUGUGCUGGCCGGGGCGCAGGAGAGCCUGCAGGAGAAGGGAGGUGAAAUGUGCACGCUCAGCCAAUCUGGUUUCAAAUACUAUUUCAAUUAUCUCAAUUAUUUUCACAUGCAUUUCAAAGUAAUUAUUCAGAUAUGUUUUAUUUGAAAAGACCAGUAGUUGAAUAUUGGAAUGUAUUUGAAAAUACUCAAAUACACUGACUCAAAUACACACCCAUGUAUUUAACCCAGGUAUUUGAAAAUGUCACGAUCGUCGGGGAGAGAGGAGGACCAAGGCGCAGCGUUGAAUGCGAACAUAUUUAUUUAUAUAAUGAUCACACGAACAAAACAACAAAACGAAAACGUGACGUCCCUGGUUACAUACACAAACCAACACGGAACAAGAAACCACAAUGAAUGAAUGCCUAACGGCUACCUAAGUAUGACUCCCAAUCAGAGACAACGAGCUACAGCCGUCUCUGAUUGGGAGCCACCCUGGCCAACAUAGAUAUGCAACAACUAGAACCAACACACAUGAAAACUCACACCCUGGCUCAACAUACUAGAGUCCCCAGAGCCAGGGCGUGACAGUACCCCCCCCUAAAGGCGCGGACUCCGACCGCGCCAACCAAAUACCACAGGGGAGGGACCGGGUGGGCACUCUGCCUUGGCGGCGGAUCCGGCUCCGGGCAUGAUCCCCACUCGCUCUCUAACCCCCCAAAGUACCCCUGGUCCGGUCUGGCCCUGCUGACCGGAGCUGGACUGCACACUGGUGGAGCGGAUUGCUCUAGCUCCGGCGUGAAGCAGCUGACCCGUGCUGAACCAGGCACCAGUGGAACAGGCACGGGCUGUGCCGGACUGUCGACGCACACCACUGGCUUGGUGUGGGGAGCAGGAACGGCCCGAGCCGGGCUGACGAAACGCACCCCUGACUUGGUGCGGGGAGCAGGAACGGGCUGAACCGGGCUGACGAAACGCACCACUGACUUGGUGCGGGGAGCAGGAACGGGCCGAGCCGGGCUGACGAAGCGCACCACUGACUUGGUGCGGGGAGCAGGAACGGGCCGAGCCGGGCUGACGAAGCGCACCACUGAUUUGGUGCGGGGAGCAGGAACGGGCCGAGCCGGGCUGACGAAGCGCACCACUGACUUGGUGCGGGGAGCAGGAACGGGCCGAGCCGGGCUGACGAAGCGCACCACUGACUUGGUGCGGGGAGCAGGAACGGGCCGAGCCGGGCUGACGACGCGCACCAUUGGCCUGGUGCGGGGAGCAGGAACAGGCCGGACCGUACUGGGGACACACACCACUGGUCCUACGCAGGGAUCUGGAAUGGGCCGGACCGGACUGGUAACACACCCCAGUACCUCUCGCCGUGCCUCUACACCUUCCAUCCCCUCUUCGACCAGUGGCCCCCGUAACCUGGCGGCCUCCUCUGCCAACCCGCUGGGCCGCUCUGCCGCGGUCUCCUGCUGGCCCGUCGUCCACGGCGUUAGCCCCCCCCUAAAAAAUUUCUGGGCGUCUCUCCUACCCGUGGACCAGGUCUCCAUGUCCCUCGCCAGCCUUUCGCCCUUCUGCUUCCAUGUCAAGCCCUUCUCUUCCUCACCCGGCUUGACCCAGUCGAGGAGGCGAAGGAGAUCUGCUAGAGAUCUCCCUGGCGAUGGCUCCUGGACACGCUGCUUGGUCCAGUCUUGGUGGUUUCUUCUGUCACGAUCGUCGGGGAGAGAGGAGGACCAAGGCGCAGCGUUGAAUGCGAACAUAUUUAUUUAUAUAAUGAUCACACGAACAAAACAACAAAACGAAAACGUGACGUCCCUGGUUACAUACACAAACCAAUACGGAACAAGAAACCACACUGAAUGAAUGCCUAACGGCUACCUAAGUAUGACUCCCAAUCAGAGACAACGAGCUAUAGCCGUCUCUGAUUGGGAGCCACCCUGGCCAACAUAGAUAUGCAACAACUAGAACCAACACACAUGAAAACUCACACCCUGGCUCAACAUACUAGAGUCCCCAGAGCCAGGGCGUGACAGAAAAUAGUAUUUCAAAUAAGUAUUUAAAAAUACUUUGAAAUAGUAGGCUUUUUAUAGAAAACUAUUUGAAAGUACUUUAAAAUAAUUCCAAUAGAUGUAGUUUAUUCAGGCCACAUUAUUUGAAAAUACUUAAAUACACAGAAAAUAAGUAUUUAAAUAAUAAUCAAAUCCACACACACGCGCACACACGCACACACACACACACACACACAUGCUUAUCAAAACAAACAAAUGUCAAUUUGCAAUUACGAAUAUACAAUUGACAUCAUUAAUCGUUUCAUUUAGGUCAACCUAAAAGAGUGUGACGUAUUUGACCUGAAGACACUGAAAGGCCCGUCUGACUACAUUGCUGUAGCUAACAGCACAGAGGCAACAGAGAAGAUAGAGGCCUGUAUGAAAGUGUGGCUCAAACAGAUUGAACAGGUAAGAUAGAUUGAACCUCAAUAGCAUCAUGGAUACCUUUCCCCUCCAUGGACCUGUGUUAUUGUGGGUGGGGGUGUGUUCAAUAAAGUCAAUACAAUAAAACUGUAUUUAUCCCCUCAGGGGCAAUUAAGAAAGGCAACUCAGGAUUUACAUCAAGAUCCACCACAUCUAAUACAGUUUACAGAUAUUGCAUUCCCCAAUCAGCAGUGAUUGUGUUGUAUCCAGGUGCUGGCUGAGAGUGACCAGCUGAGGAAGGAGGCAGAUGACCUGGGGCCGCGGGCCGAGCUGGACCACUGGAAGAAACGCAUGUCCCGCUUCAACUACCUCCUGGACCAGCUCAAGAGCCCCGACGUCAAGGCUGUCCUGGGCGUGCUCAUGAUGGCCAAGUCCAAACUCAUCAAGGUGAGCAAGCUGUUACACCAUGUCCUUCGUAACACAGGAGUAGAUGUUAAAGGCCUGCUAAUAAAAUGUUAAAAUCUCAAUUUCGAUUUUCGACUUGAGACUCGUUCGUGGGAGCCAGUCACAUUUAGAAAUAUAAAACUUCUCUAUGCUUACUGUACAUGGCUCUCAUAUCUGAAUUCAGCUGGUGUUUUCUGUAUGAAUGUAGCAGAAUAGGUACAGUGUAUGUUUGAUGACUGUAUCUGUCCCCCCAGUCCUGGCGAGAGCUGGACACCAGGAUCACUGACUCAGCCAAUGAGGCCAAGGACAAUGUGAAGUACCUCUACACUCUGGAGAAGUUCUGUGACCCGCUAUACAACAGUGACCCUGUGAGAGACUAAUAUUGUAUACAGUUUUCAGUAUGACAACUCAUCUUCCUCUAAGACUUACUAACUACAGACUGACAUAGUUUGCCAGUUUCCCGGACACAGAUUAUUCCUAAUGCUGGACUAAGUAGCACUUUCAAUUAAAAACCUUUUAGUCCAGGACUAGACUUAAUCUGCGAAACUGGUCCACUAUGUAUAUCGAUCUUAAUGGAUUUGAAAACUCAUCAUUGUAUGAUUGUAUUGUAUGCUAAAUGAACGCAGGUGUCGAUGGUAGAGGCCAUUCCAGGCCUGAUCAACGCCAUCCGGAUGAUCCACAGUAUCUCCCGCUACUACAACACCUCAGAGAAGAUCACCUCCCUGUUUGUCAAGGUCAUUAUUGCCAAGAUACUGUAUGUAACAACCAAGAAGAAUAGGUGACUGUAAAUCUCGCUCCAAAUUAAAAGCUGCCGAAUGUAUUACAUUUAAUCAUUAGAAGUGUAUUAAAAUCAAUCUUGUCAAUUCUUCUUUGAUGUUCUUGGUGCAUUUGGCCGCACCACCUGGUCUCAUGUUAUCUGAAGUGCUGUCUACAGUACUUCCCUCCAAACCCCUUUAACCAGUCAUCCCAUCGAGGUUACUUAUUAGAGAGGCACCUGAAAUGUAUCCUUUUUUCUUCUGUAUCUCCAUGUCUUAGGUUACCAACCAGAUGAUUACAGCAUGUAAGGCUUACAUCACCAACAACGGUUCUGCAUCCAUAUGGGACCAGCCUCAGGGUGUUGUAGCUGAGAAACUCAAAGCUGCUAUCCACCUAAACCAGGUACUGCUUUCAUAUGCCAAGUUAUUGUUCAACACACUUUAACCAUAUCAUUUAAAAUAGUGUGCUAAAUCAAGGCACAAAUAAAUGUGCUUUUUGAAAGUACAGUUCCUUAAAAGCUUUAAUCUAUAAAAUAUUAUAAACUGGGUGGUUUGAGCCCUGAAUGCUGAUUGGCUGAAAGCCGUGGUAUAUCACACCGUAUACCACGAGUAUGACAAAACAUUUAUUUUUACGGCUCUAAUUACGUCGGUAACCAGUUUAUAAUAGCAAUAAGGCACCUCAGGGGUUUGGUAUAUUGCCAACAUACCACGGCUAAGGGCUAUAUCCAGGCACUCCACGUUGCGUCGUGCAUAAGAACAGCCCUUAGCCGUAGUAUAUUGGCCAUAUACCACACCCCCUCGGGCCUUAUUGCUUAAAUAUAUUAUCAAUACACUAGAGAUAAUAUAUACCACAACAUCCUUUACGUACACUACAUGACCAAAAGUGUGUGGACACCUGCUCUUCAAAAUUCUCAUUCCAAAAUCAUGGGCAUUAAUAUGGAGUUGGUCCCCCCUUUGCUGCUAUAACAGCCUCCACUCUUCUGGGAAGGCUUUCCACUAGAUGUUGGAACAUUGAUGCAGGGACUUGCUUCCAUUCAGCCACAAGAGCGUUAGUGAGGUCGGGCACUGAUGUAAGGCGAUUAGGCCUGGCUCGCAGUCUGUGUUCCAAUUCAUCCCAAAGGUGUUCGAUGGGGUUGAGGUCAGGGCUCUGUGCAAGCCAGUCAAGUUCUUCCACACCGAUCUCGACAAACCAUUUCUGUAUGGACCUCGCUUUGUGCAUGGGGGCAUUGUCAUGCUGAAACAGGAAAGGGCCUUCCCCAAACUGUUGCCACAAAGUUGGAAGCACAGAAUAGUCUAGAAUGUCAUUGUAUGCUGUAGCGUUAAGAUUUCCCUUCACUGGAACUAAGGGGCCUAGCCCGAACUAUGAAAAAACCCCAGACCAUUAUUUCUCCUCCACCAAACUUUACAGUUGGCACUAUGCAUUGGGGCAGGUAGCGUUCUCCUGGCACCUGCCAAACCCAGAUUUGUCCGUCGGACUGCCAGAUGGUGAAGCGUGAUUCAUCACUCCAGAGAACGCAUUUCCACUGCUCUAGAGUCCAAUGGCGGCGAGCUUUACACCACUCCAGCAGACGCUUGGCAUUGCGCAUGCAUUGCGCAUGCAUUGCGCAUGUUGAUCUUAGGCUUGUGUGUGGCUGCUCGGCCAUGGAAACCCAUUUCAUGAAGCACCCAACGAUCAGUUAUUGUGCUGACGUUGCUUCCAGAGGCAAUUUGGAACUCGGUAGUGAUUGUUGCAACCGAGGACAGACGAUUUUGAUGCACUACGCGCUUCAGCACUCGGCGGUCCCGUUCUGUGAGCUUGUGUGGCUUACCACUUCACGGCUGAGCCGUUGUUGCUCCUAGUGGUUUCCACUUCACAAUAGCAGCACUUACAGUUGACCGGUGGCAAUUCUAGCAGUGCAGAAAUGUUGCGAACUGACUUGUUGGAAAGGUGGCAUACUAUGAUGGUGCCACGUUGAAAGUCACUGAGCUCUUCAGUAAGGCCAUUCUACUGCCAGUGUUUGUCUAUGGAGAUUACAUGGCUGUGUGCUCGAUGUUAUACACCUGUCAGCAACGGGUGUGGCUGAAAUAGCCGAAUCCACUAAUUUGAAGGGGUGACCACAUACUUUUGUAUAUAUAGUGUACUUCUCACAAUAUUUUACAUUAUAACUUCCUUUCCAUGCUCCUCCAAUGACUUUUCAUCUGGAUCCCAUCUAUCUGAUUAUAGGAGUACCAGAAGUGCUUCCACAAGACCAAGGAGAAGCUGGAGCAGAGUCCCUCAGAGAGACAGUUUGAUUUCAGUGAGAUGUACAUCUUUGGGAAGUUUGAGACGUUCCAACGACGCCUCUACAAGAUCCUCAACAUGUUCAGCACCAUCACUACCUACUCAGCCCUACAGGACUCCAAGAUAGAAGGCCUGGAAACUAUGGCAACCACGUUUCAGGUACACGGUCGAGAGAUUAGAGUACUGUUUAGAUGUUACCGUUUUAGACAUGACCUUUUUAGACAUGACCUUUUUAGACAUUAACCUUUUUAGACAUUAACCUUUUUAGACAUUAGCCUUUUUAGACGUUACUUUUUUAGGCAUUACCUUUUUAGGCGUUACCUUUUUAGAUGUUACCCUUUUAGAUGUUAACCUUUAGUAUUUAUCCCUGCAAGUGUAGUAAUGUUAGAUCUGCUCUUUCUAUUGCUACCGCUGGACAGACUGCAGAAAUGCAGGGGAAAUGGGAGGUAACUUUUGCCACAUAAUUUUUUUGGUCCUUGUUUUUGUCCAUCAGUGCCUCAUCAUCAUCAUCAUCAACUCUACCAAGCAUAUAAUCAUACUAAAAUCCUAACUGUAAUGAUCGGGAGCCAUUUCAGAAAGCAAACAGACAUAUUUGUUACUUUAUAUUGAAUUUCACUGGUGUUUAUCUUAACAUUUACCUACACAUUUGUUUUGUCCUCAGUUUAUUUGAUUGCGUUGAACUUAGCAUUAGUUUUCGUUUUCGUGUGUCAGAUAAUUGAGCAGAAGCUGAUCCAUUACUAAGUCCUGAUGGCCUUUUGUGAAAGUUGACAGUUUGUUCACCAGAGUCAGGAUAUACAUAUUUUAUGGUAAGCUGCUCAUCGGAGCAAUUACUGCUAUUUUAUACGCUGCUGUUCAUCCCUGCUAUUGUAGAUGGAGGAUCUUUAAAUAGGGAUGGUGUCCAGCCAGAACCUGCAUGUCAUCAUCAUUCUACAUUCUCUAUUAUGUAGCCUCCUACUCUGGUUAAAAUGAAAUUAAACCCAACAGUUUCACAACAUUCAACUGAAACAUUGUUGACAGUCUGUUGACUUUGGUUGGAAUGAAUACAGACACAAGAAAUUAUCAAAAGCCUCAAGAGUUUUGGAAAGACUAGAAAAAUAACUUGUCGUCUUUUAUUUUCAGAGCAUUGUAAUGACUAUGAAGAAAAAGCACUACAGUUUCCUUGAUCAGAGAAGAACAGACUUUGAUCAGGACUAUGAUGAGUUUUGUAAAAAUACCACUGACUUGCAUGUAAGUUUACACUUUAUAACGACCUUACCGGUAAAUCAUAACACAGCACAUCUGAAUAAUCUCAUAAUUUACUUGCACAAUUGUUUGUUGUGUUCAUUUGCUUUCAGAAUCAGCUGAAGACCUUCAUGGAUAACACAUUCGAUAAGAUUCAAAACACAGAGAGGGCUUUGAAUGUACUGAAGAAAUUUGAAAGGUACCGUUAUUUCAGUCCACCUCUAUUUCAAACCAAACUUUAAUUCAUUUCAUUAAUUCUCAAUUUGAUAUCAAAAUAUCCCCUUACAUCACUAAGACUGGGCAUACCAGACCUGGGCAUCGAUGAGAAGUAUCAGCGGAUCCUACAGAACUAUGGAAGGGACAUAGAAAUGGUGUCCCGUAACUACACCAAGCAGAAGAUGGAGCCUCCCAUUGGCCGGGACCUGCCCCCGGUAGCCGGUAAGAUCCUGUGGGCCCGCCAGCUGUACCGGAGGAUCCAGGAACCCAUGGAUCUGUUUCAGGAAGACCCUGGGGUGCUGGCUACGCCCGAGGCCAAACGCAUCAUCAAGAACUACAACAGGGUGGCCAGGGUGCUGCUGGAGUUUGAGAUGCUUUACCACCAUGGAUGGAUGAAGCAGGUGAGAGAGUCCCUCCUGCUUAUCUUAUUCAUUGUGAUGUUAAAGGCAAAACUGAUUAUUAAUCAGCAUUCAUGCUCUGAGACGCUUGAUAUGGUCUCUGGUGUACUGGCUGGACCUAUACUCCAGUAGCAUAGCAGCGUUAACUGUUACUGUUAUUAAUGCUUAUCUGUACCUUAUCUAGAGCCUGGUCCCAGAUCUGUUUGUGCUGUCGUAGUUGGCAAGACUGAUAUGACUUUUGAUUUACUUCUUGAUUUCCGACAGACGUACUGUAGAUGACUCACAUCACUCAUACUCUCUCUCUCUCGCUCUCUCCGUCUCUCGCUCUUGCUCUCUCUCUCUCGCUUGCUCUCUCCCUCUCUCUCGGCUCUCUCUCUCUCUAUCACUCUCUCUCUCACUCUCUUGCUGUCUCUCCAUUUCUCUCUCUCUCUGUCUCUCUCUACAUCUCUCUCUCUCUCUCUCUCUCUCACUCACUCUUUCUCACUCCCCAGAUCGAGGAGGUCAGACUGGGCCUCCGGGCCUCUUUACUGGUCAAAUGUCCCGAUACGGGGGACCUGUUUGUCAACUUUGACCCCCAGAUCCUGACACAGAUCAGGGAGACAGACUGCAUGUCCAGGAUGAGGCUGGAGAUUCCUCCCUUCGCAGUCAUCUUACAACAGAAACAAGAUGCCCUCAAGAGGAACUACAACAAGCUGCAGGUACACUAGGUAUUCCAUGAUGCCUAUUGAUCAACUGAAGCAUAUUGAGCAUCAUACUGUAUCCUUUAUCUUUAAAAAGCUUUAUAUACACUCAACAACAGUAAUAAAAGGGCUGUUAUUUCAAUUCACUUUGAACUGAGUAGAAAGUCCUAUGGGCUGGGACUUAGUCAAGAACAUUUUACAGUUUUUCUCAAUUGCUAAAACACUAAACCCUAUUGUCUGAACCAAAUGCUCAGUUGCCUGAACCCACUGAUUGAAUCAAUCACUCUUUUGGCAAAACCAUAAGCACUUUUCACCUGUUUAGACAUAACUUGCCAACACAUUUUCAUUGUGAUGCACCCGUGCUGCAUAAUGGUGAGCACAGGUGACAAAAGUCAAACACAAUUAGAGCACAGGUGUCACCACUUGAACACAACAACUCAAAAUUGAUCACACUUGUGGCUAAUGAUGUGAGGGAACAUAUACAGUAAGCCAGUUCAGAGAGCACUGGUUUGUGAGGCCCUACAAUGGAUAGAAAUCUGAGAGGAAGAGUUCGUGUGAGAGGAGGUCGAGGUGGUCGAGGUGGUCAGCGAAGACAAAGAACAGUAAUAUCUGAUGAAAUCAGAGAUACUGUGAUUGACCAUGUUCUUGUCCAUGGUAUGAGCAUGAGGGAGGCUGGACAAAGGGUACAACCAAACAUCAGUAGAUUCACUGUGUCCACCAUAAUCCGAAGAUUUAGAGAAGAGAACAGGUAAUUACCUUUUUUUGACAUUAUAGUACAGUAUGUAAAUGUUGACAGCAAUUACUGUAUGACAUACUAUAUACUGUACCACAGUAUACUGUAAGUAAAUAUAUGUUUCAGUACAUCACUGUACCAAUGUACUGUAGUAUUGUAAUGGAGGGUUGGUCUAACUGUUUGUAGGCCUAGUAUUCCAUGUAUAUUUUUUGUAACUCCAUGUUCUCUUUUUGUAGAAUUGAAAGACUGCCACAUGGGGGUGGGAGGACAGGUAUGUUCUCCCCACACCAAGAGACCCUAAUUGUUGAUAUGGUCCGUGAGAACAAUGCCAUUAAACUGAGCGAAAUUCAGCAGAAGAUCAUUGAGGACCAUUUACAUUUUGAGGGUAUCAACAGUGUCAGCCUCUCUACUGUUGAUCGUGUCCUCAAGCGCAACAGACUGCGCAUGAAACAGCUAUACAGAGUGCCCUUUGAUCGCAACUCAGACAGAGUCAAAGAGCAAAGAUUCCAGUAUGUACAGGUUGGCAUAUAUCCAGACACAUUCAAUGUUGAUUACUCUAAGUAGUGAUUUACUGUAGUGGCCUAAAUCACUUUUUCCGUAUCACUUACAAAACUAUAUCUAUUUCUACAGAGGGUUUUUCAACUGGAUGCAAUGGAAAGACCCCAUCAAUACAUCUACAUGGAUGAAGCUGGGUUUAAUCUCACCAAAAGGAGAAGGAGAGGCCGUAAUGUGAUUGGCCAUCGGGCCAUUGUUGGUGUUCCUGGGCAGCGUGGUGGCAAUGUCACAUUAUGUGCUGCCAUCAGCAAUCAUGGGGUUGUCCACCAUCAUGCCAACCUGGGGCCCUACAACACUCACCAGCUCCUCAUUUUCCUCAAUCACAUGCGAGAUGCUUUGUUAGGGCAGCAGGAUGAGCAUCCCAUCUAUGUUGUUGUUUGGGACAAUGUGAGUUUUCACAGAGCCCUCCAGGUUAGAGAGUGGUACAAUAUGAACCAAGGUUUUAUCAAUCUUUGCCUUCCACCGUACUCCCCUUUCCUAAACCCCAUUGAGGAAUUAUUCUCCUCAUGGCGGUGGAAGGUAUAUGAACGCCAACCUUACACCAGGGUAAAUAUCCUGCAAGCCAUGGGACUUGCCUGUGGUGACAUAGGUGUGGAGGCAUGCCAAGCCUGGAUACGGCAUGCCAGGGGUUUUUUCCCCCGUUGCCUGGCCAGACAAAAUGUGGCCUGUGAUGUGGAUGAAGUCCUGUGGCCUGACCCAGUAUGGAGACAUGAUGCUGUGGCUGAGUAAUGCACUUAUUUGUAUAUUUUUGUACUUUAUUUUUACAUGGGCUUACUGUACACAAGUGGCAAACGCAUAAGAUUUCUGUUUGUUUUUACAAGUGCUACAUGUAAAUGCACAAGAUUUCUGUUUUGUCUUUUUGUACAAGUGCUAAAUGCACAGGUUUUUUUUGUUUUGCAACAUGCAUUUAGCCUACAGUGAACAAUAAACAUUUAUUUCUCCAGCUUCAUGUCCUGAGCAUUGUGUUUUCUAUUUUUCUACGUAGUGUUUAGUGACUGUUCAGUAGUGUUUUUUAUUUUGAUUGACUCGGGGCACGAUUUGACAACAUAGUUCAGUUUUGACCACAGAUUGAACUGUUUUGAGGUGAAAGUUUGGUUUUGCAAGAAGAGUCUGAGGUUUUGUGAAUGUAGCUUGAAAAUUGGGUUUUGUGUUCACAGUUAAGAGAAAAGGAGAGCAGCUUUCAAGAAAUGUGUCUUAGCAAUCGAGAAAAACUGUAAUGCGAUGAUUAGAAAACAUUAUAAGGGUGAAAGCAUUAUAACGACAGGCAUUAAGUAAAGGGUUAUUAGUAAUUUCUCUAUUUCUGACACCCAUCCACAGCUGGUUCUGACAGAGAACGCCAGGGUCCGGGCUAAGAUCCAGAGUGCCUUUGAGCAACUGGUAAUGCCUCAUGUUGCUAAGGUGGAUGAAGCCAUUCUACCAGGCCUGACCUCCCUCAACUGGACCUCACUGAACAUCGAUAAAUACCUCAGCCGCAUCAACAGUGCUCUCAGUAUGUAACCGAAUCCAAUCAAACCUUGUCAGCACUGCACUGUGCUCUGUCAUAGCACCAUACUAUAAAACGGCAGAACAAUCUCACCACAAUAACCAGCACAGUUAGCACACCUAACCUCUGCCUGCAUUUGAUCGCAGCUAAUUGUGCCUGAUCAACUCAUGUAAUAUAUCCCAUUGGAAGAGGUUCUAUCUGCUGUCCCAGUGGGCAAAGCUGGUUGUAAUGAUAUCGUUUCAACCUGUUUUUCCCACUGCUGUUUCCUUGUGAUCCCUGGUGACCCCGUGGUGCUGUGUAUGACCUCUGACCUGUAACCUGUGUGUCCAGCGGACCUGGAGCUACUGAUGGACAGAGUGAAUGACCUGGUGGAGUUCAGGAUAGACGCUGUGCUGCAGGAGAUGAGUGGAGCCACACUGUGGGUUCUGCCCCUGGACGAACCAUUGAGCUGUGACGAGUUCGUUCAGACCACCAGGGUAAACAAAGAUUCCCUCUGUAUUACUCAUGUGUUAUACACACAAAUGCUUGUUAGGCUUAAUAAUUGCAUAAUCAACAGUCUGUAUUGGUAACACAGUAACUCAUCGUCAGUGCUAACAACAUUGACCAGACAAAACAGUAUAUUUAGUUCAGUACUAGUUCAUUGUAAACACAGUCUUCAUGCAUGUAGGACCAGGGGUAGGUAACCCUGGUCCUGGAGUGCCGCAGGCACUUCAUGUUUUUGAUUUAACCGACCUGGAAGACCAGGUGUGAUCACUGAACUGAUCAACUAGCUCAGUUGGUCAGGUGUGGUGCCUAGUUAGAGUACCUGCAGAACUCCAGGAACAGAGUUUGCCUACCUCUGAUAUAGGCUCAUGUACUUUCUUCUUGUAUGUCAUGGUAGGAGCUGUGUAUAAAGGGAGCUCAAAGUCUCCACACCAAGAGUUCCCUGGUGGAGGAGGCAACCAACGAGCUCAUCAACAUGCUGCUGGAGUUUGAACUGCACAAGGAGGGGGAGGAGAAACUACUAGAAGAGAGCAGGACUGAUAUGGACCAAGUGGAGAGUGAAGGUACUGUAACCUACAGUUUUAACUGUGAUAAUUAUGAUGCAGCAAAACUCAAACGGAGAGUGAUAACCGGGUCAGCAAAAUGCAAGUGAAAUUGUACAAAAGCAAAAAGGUUGUUCAGGUGCAUAAAGAAAUGAGAAAUGAGAAAGUGUGCAUGCCUGUGUCCAUGCCUGUGUGCGUGGUGCGUGUACAUGCAGGUGUACUCACGUGUGUUCAUGCCUCUUCCCAGGUGAGGAGGGUAAGUCAGAGGGUCGCCUCAACCUGCUGUCUCGUAACACCACGGCGGCCAGUACCACGGGCCCCCCGUCUCCCCUGGGGAAGAGGAAGAAGAAGAGAGACCUGCUGGAGGUGAUGGAGGAGGAGGCUCAAGAGCUUCUGUCCCACUUCAACCACCGUAAUGUGGACGCCCUGCUGAGGCUCACACGCAACACCCUGGAGACCCUCCGCAAACGCAUCCACGCCUCCUCACUCAUGCACUUCCUGGGUAAGUUCCAUCAAUCCAAUAUAUUUAUAAACCCCUUUUACAUCAGCAGUUGUCACAAAGUGCCACCCUUUGAGCUCCACCCUUUAGAUGUUGGAGUAAGGUGUGGCCGUCAUGAAGGGUAGGGUUUCCCAUUACAUUUCUCCCUACUUCAAUACCAGCCCAUCUCCCCACAGCAGAGAGUGAUUCUCCCAGCCGUCUGAAGGGCAGUGGUCAGCAGCCUAUCUUCAGGACCAAUGUGACCCUGUCCAUCCCCAACAUCGCCAUGGUCCCAGCCCUGGACGAGGUCCAGCAGGCUCUGAACCGGGCUGUGGAGUGUGUGGUCAGUGUCAGCAAAGGAGUCGGCCAGUGGAGCAAGGAGAGGAUCUCCAAGGUGGGCUUGCCGUGGCUUACAGCUCCAAUGCAGCAGUUUUUAUCUCAAUAUCAAAUACUUUCUGGGUAACCAUUAAGUACCUUACUGUGAUUGUUUUCAAUUAAAAUGGUCAAAAAGAAACAAAAAUAGCUUCUUAGCAAAGAGCAAUUUCUCAAGCAAUAAUUUGCUAGGAAUGUCUGGGAGUAUUCUGAGUGGGGAGGGGAAAACUGAAAACUAGCUGUUAUUGCCAGGCUAAAACAUCCCACCAAAACAGGCUGAAAUGGCAGGCAGUCUUUUCAAACAGCUCGUACACUAAAAGGGCAUUAUCAUCAUUUUCAUAUUAUUCCAACCCCAUAGUGUGGAAAUAUAUACAGUGCUAUGAAAAGUAUUUGCCCCCUUUCUAAUUUUCUCUACUUUUGCAUAUUUGUGAUACUGAAUGUUAUCAGAUCUUCAACCAAAACCUAAUAUUAGAUAAAGGGAACAUAAGUGGACAAAUAACACAACAAUUACAUAUUUAUUUCAUAAACAAAGUUAUGCAACACCCAAUUCCCCUGUGUGAAAAAGUAAUUGCCCCCUUAUACUCAAUAACUGGUUGUGCAACCUUUAGCUGCAAUGACUCCAACCAAAUGCUUCCUGUAGUUCUGUUGAUCAGUCUCUCACGUCGCUGUGGAGGAAUUUUGGCCCAUUCUUCCAUGCAGAACUGCUUUAACUCAGUGACGUGUGGGUUUUCAAGCAUGAACUGCUCGUUUCAAGUCCUGCCACAACAUCUCAAUUGGGAUUAGGUCUGGACUUUGACUAGGCCAUUCCAAAAUGUCAAAUUUGUUUCUUUUUAGCAAUUUUCAUAUAGACUUGAUUGUGUGUUUUGGAUCAUUGUCUUGCUGCAUGACCCAGCUGCGCUUCAGCUUCAGCUCAUAGACAGAUGGUCUGACAUUCUCCUGUAGAAUUCUCUGAUACAGAGCAGAAUUCAUGGUUCCUUCUAUUAAGGCAAGUCGUCCAGGUCUUGAGGCAGCAAAGCAUCCCCAAACCAUCACACCACCACCACCAUGCUUGACCUUUGGUAUGAUGUUCUUACUGUGGAAUGCAGAGUUUGAUUUUCGCCAGGCAUUACUGGAACCAUGUCGUCCAAAAAGUUAUACUUUUGAAUCAUCUGUCCAUAGAACGUUCUUCCUGUCACGUUCGUUGAAUGACGGGUCAGACCAAGGCGCAGCGUGAUAUAUGUACAUGUUUAUUAUAACUAUUAAACACACUACAAAACGACAAAGGAAACGAAACGUGAAGUCCAAGGUAGAACACACAAUAUACCUUACACGGAACAAGAUCCCACAACCCACUAGUGCCAAUAGGCUGCCUAAGUAUGAUCCCCAAUCAGAGACAACGAGCUACAGCUGUCUCUGAUUGGGAACCACACUGGCCAACAUAGAUCUACACAUAAUAGAUCGAAACAUAGAAAACACACAACACAGAAUAUACACACCCUGACUCAACAUUUAAGCAUCCCCUGAGUCAGGGCGUGACACUUCCAAGAGUCUUGAUGAUCAUCCAGGUGCUUUUUGGCAAACUUGAGUCAACUUUUUGGACGAGAUGGGUCACAUUAUGCCUGGCGAAAACCAAACACUGCAUUCCACAGUAAGAACAUCAUACCAAAGGUCAAGCAUGGUGGUGGUGGUGUGAUGGUUUGGGGAUGCUUUGCUGCCUCAGGACCUGUACAACUUGCCUUAAUAGAAGGAACCAUGAAUUCUGCUCUGUAUCAGAGAAUUCUACAGGAGAAUGUCAGACCAUCCGUCUGUGAGCUGAAGCUGAAGCGCAGCUGGGUCAUGCAGCAAGACAAUGAUCCAAAACACACAAUCAAGUCUACAUGAAAAUUGCUAAAAAGCAACAAAUUUGACAUUUUGGAAUGGCCUAGUCAAAGUCCAGACCUAAUCCCAAUUGAGAUGUUGUGGCAGGACUUGAAACGAGCAGUUCAUGCUUGAAAACCCACACAUCACUGAGUUAAAGCAGUUCUGCAUGGAAGAGUGGGCCAAAAUUCCUCCACAGUGACGUAAAAGACUGAUCAACAACUACAGGAAGCAUUUGGUUGGAGUCAUUGCAGCUAAAGGUGGCACAACCAGUUAUUGAGUGUAAGGGGGCAAUUACUUUUUCACACAGGGGAAUUGGGUGUUGCAUAACUUUGUUUAUGAAAUAAGUAUGUCAUUGUUGUGUUAUUUGUUCACUUAUGUUCCCUUUAUCUAAUAUUAGGUUUUGGUUGAAGAUCUGAUAACAUUUAGUAUGACAAAUAUGCAAAAGUAGAGAAAAUUAGAAAGGGGGCAAAUACUUUUUCAUAGCACUGUAUAAAACACAUUAAAAUCACAUUUUUGACUGCACUGGGCCGUUAAGAUGUCUGUGACAUCUGCACAAUCAUGAGAUUAAGGUUUUAGUAAGUCUUCAAACAAAGACCAAACAUUAAUUAUUCUGUUUAUGCCAACACAGAGGAAGAUGAGUGAGAGACGCAUGGCUGUUCUGAGACAGGACAAGAGUGACAGUGAUUCAGAGGACGGAGAGACCACCUACAGGAGCCUGGCUGAUGGCAGUACCUCAGACAUCUCCGCCUCUGUGACCCAGGCCAUACCCUUCCAGGCCAGGAACUACUACAAGAGUGUGUCUGAGAACAAGGAGAUCAUCAAGCUGGUUUCUGUGCUCAGCACCUCCAUCAACUCUACCAAGAAGGUACAUACAGGUGUACACACAAAACAAAUACAAAUUAUAUUUCUCCUGUUUUCCUAACUUUCUGACCUUAGUGUACCAAAUUCUAACUAUUUUGUGUUUGAUACUGAUACCUAUCCCCUAAGAUGUUGCUGUGGAAAUGAGACCUAAAUCAAAUCAAUGAAAACUUGAUUGAAAGUGCAUUUAAGACCUGGCUGUUGUGUUGUUGUUGACCAGGAGGUGAUGAAUGCUCUGGACCGCUUCAGUCGUUACCACCACAUCUGGAGGAAGGAGAGAGAGGACACCAUCCAGAAGUUCAGCCAGGGCAGCCCUCUGCUGUCUGAGUUUGAGUCUCAGAUCCUCUACUACAAAGACCUGGAGCUGGAGAUCAACGCUGAGCCUGAGUACAUCACUGUAGGAGCUCUGGCCCUCUAUACAGGUAGAAUACAUCGCUGUAGGAUCUCUGACCCUCUAUACAGGUAGAGUACAUCACUGUAGGAUCUGUGGCCCUCUAUACAGGUAGAAUACAUCGCUGUAGGAUCUCUGGUCCCUUUAUACAGGUAGAAUACAUCACUGUACGAUCUCUGGCCCUCUAUACAGGUAGAAUACAUCACUGUAGGAUCUCUGGCCCUUUAUACAGGUAGAAUACAUCACUGUAGGAUCUCUGGCCCUCUAUACAGGUAGAAUACAUCACUGUAGGAUCUCUGGCCCUUUAUACAGGUAGAAUACAUCACUGUAGGAGCUCUGGCCCUUUAUACAGGUAGAAUGCAUCGCUGUAGGAUCUCUGGCCCUCUAUACAGGUAGAAUACAUCACUGUAGGAUCUCUGGCCCUCUAUACAAGUAGAAUACAUCACUGUGGGAGCACUGGCCCUCUAUACAGGUAGAGUACAUCACUGUGGGAGCACUGGCCCUUUAUAAAGGUACAUAGCCGUGGGAAGUAGGGGUGCUGAGGGUGCUGCAGCACCCCCUGAAAAAUCUGAAUCUAACUCUCUACAACUUUCUCCCCGUUAUUUGAAAUUUCAGGCUAUUUCAAAGCAAUUCACUGCUAAUCCACUGCAUUAACCUUAAAAGACAACCCUGCCAAAUAUGACUGCACAUGUUCUUAGUAGUAUUUCACAAUACUGUUAUUUCAUUUUUCAACAUUGCAUGAAUAUCUGACUAUUAUCAGACUAAUAUCUGAUUUGUUGUCUAACAGCUGACCUGAAGAUGGCCCUGACUGCGGAGACAAAGAGCUGGAUGGUGGACUACGGCCUGCACUGUAACAGGAAGUACCGGACAGAUAUGGAGAACAUCUUCACAUUAGUGGACGAAGCGGCAAAGAAACUGAACCGACCAAUCAAAGACAUGGACGACAUCCGCAUCGCCAUGGCAUCGCUGAAGGAGAUCAGAGAGCAACAGAUCUCCAUUGACUUCCAAGUGGGACCCAUAGAGGUAGGGAACACAAAUGCACACUUCUUUCAGAGAGAUACUGUAUGAAUAAUUCACUGAGACUAUCUGCAAUGUCCGCUUUCAUUGAGUAGGAGGCGAACCUUAAUUCCCACCUAAGUAAAAUUUCCACUUAGACGUGCAUUGAUAUCAAUGGGUGAAAAUUCUACUUAGGGGGAAGUUAGGAUAUGCCCAUAGUUUGAUUAAGUCCUUGCUGUCUGUAUUUGGUUGUGAGAAGCCAUUGGAGACCUGUGUUGUACUAUGUGUCUGUUCAGUGCUGUACAUUCCCCUUCCCCUUUCCUAGGAGUCCUAUGCCAUGCUCCAUAAGUACGGCCUGGUAGUGGCGAAGGAGGAGGCAGAGAAGGUGGACACGCUGCGCUAUACCUGGGAGAAGCUGCUAGCCCGCAGCACCGAGGUCCAGAAUGAGCUGGUGUCCCUGCAGCCCAACUUCAGAGGAGAGCUCAUAGACAACGUACAGACGUUCGUGGAGGACUGUGGACACUUCUAUCAGGACUAUGACAAGGUUCAGACACGUCUCACAGCUCGUUCUAGCUGUUACUCACAGCUACACCUAACUCCAAGGCUGUCUCGGUUUUAGUCAUUUCUAUUUCUGUUACAGUUAACUUGGCACGCUCUAAAUAAGACUGCUAGCUAAUUGCUGACACAGGCUUCGUUUCAUUCCCAGGACGGUCCCAUGGUUGUCGGACUGGCUCCCCAAGACGCUAGUGACAGACUCAUCAUGUUCCAGGUGAGUACAGUGUGCAUCUUCAAGAGAGGAAUCUACAGUUGAAGUCGGAAGUUUACAUACACCUUAGCUAAAUACAUUUAAACUCAGUUUUUCACAAUUCCUGAAAUUUAAUCCAAGUAAAAAUUCAUUGUCUUAGGUCAGUUAGGAUCACCACUUUAUUUUAAGAAUGUGAAAUGUCAGAAUAAUAGUAGAGAGAAUGAUUUAUUUCAGCUUGUAUUUCUUUCAUCACAUUCCCAGUGGGUCAGAAGUUUACAUACACUCAAUUAGUAUUUGGUAGCAUUGCCUUUAAAUUGUUUAACUUGGGUCAAACUUUUCGGGUAGCCUUCCACAAGCUUCCCACAAUAAGUUGGCUGAAUUUUGGCCCAUUCCUCCUGACAGAGAUGGUGUAACUGAGUCAGGUUUGUAGGCCUCCUUGCUCGCACACGCUUUUUCAGUUCUGCCCACAGAUUUUCAAUAGGAUUGAGGUCAGUGCUUUGUGAUGGCCACUCCAAUACCUUGACUUUGUUGUCCUUAAGCCAUUUUGCCACAACUUUGGAAGUAUGCUUGGGGUCAUUGUCCAUUUGGAAGACCCAUUUGCGACCAAGCUUUAACUUCCUGACUAAUGUCUUGAGAUGUUGCUUCAAUAUAUCCACAUAAUCUUCCUUCCUCAUGAUGCCAUCUAUUUUGUGAAGUGCACCAGUCCCUCCUGCAGCAAAGCACCCCCACAGCAUGAUGCUGCCACCCCUGUGCUUCACGGUUGGGAUGGUGUUCUUCGGCUUGCAAGCAUCCCCCUUUUUCCUCCAAACAUAACGAUGGUCAUUAUGGCCAAACAGUUCUAUUUUUGUUUCAUCAGACCAGAGGACAUUUCUCCAAAAAGUACGAUCUUUAUCCCCAUGUGCAGUUGCAAACCGUAGUCUGGCUUUUUUAUGGCGGUUUUGGAGCAGUGGCUUCUUCCUUGCUGAGCGGCCUUUCAGGUUAUGUUGAUAUAGGACUCGUUUUACUGUGGAUAUAGAUACUUUUGUACCUGUUUCCUCCAGCAUCUUCACAAGGUCCUUUGCUGUUGUUCUGGGAUUGAUUUGCACUUUUUGCACCAAAGUACGUUAAUCUCUAGGAGACAGAACGCGUCUCCUUCCUGAGCGGUAUGACGGCUGCGUGGUCCCUUGGUGUUUAUACUUGCGUACUAUUGUUUGGACAGAUGAACGUGGUACCUUCAGGCAUUUGGAAAUUGCUCCCAAGGACGAACCAGACUUGUGGAGGUCUAUAAUUAUUUUUCUGAGGUCUUGGCUGAUUUCUUUUGAUUUUCCCAUGAUGUCAAGCAAAGAGGCACUGAGUUUGAAGGUAGGCCUUGAAAUACAUCCACAGGUACACCUCCAAUGGACUCAAAUGAUGUCAAUUAGCCUAUCAGAAGCUUCGAAAGCCAUGACAUCAUUUUCUGGAAUUUUCCAAGCUGUUUAAAGGCACAGUGAACUUAGUGUUCUGACCCACUGGAAUUGUGAUACAGUGAAUUAUAAGUGAAAUAAUCUGUCUGUAAACAAUUGUUGGAAGAAUUACUUGUUUCAUGCACAAAGUAGAUGUCCUAACCGACUUGCCAAAACUAUAGUUUUUUAAUAAGAAAUUUGUUGAGUGGUUGAAAAACGAGUUUUAAUGACUCCAACCUAAGUGUAUGUAAACUUCUGACUUCAACUGUAUAUACUACUCUGCAGCACUUAGUUUAAGUUGAUACAUUCACAGAGGUUUUCAUUCAGAUGUUCUGUGCCUUAUUUUUUGUGAGCAUUAAUAUUAUGUAUGACUUAUUUCUACAGUAUUUAACAAAGACAACAACAUGCAUGAUUGUAUUAUUGUGUGUUGUAUGGUUUUGGAAAUGAUAUAUGUGACCAUUCAUACACUUUACUGUACUUCUCAUUUCAUUUGGUCAGAAUCGCUUUGACAACCUGUUCCGUAAGUACAUCACCUACACUGGUGGAGAGGAGCUGUUUGGCCUGCCUGUGACCCAACACCCUCAGCUGCUGGAGAUCAGGAGACAGCUCACCCUCCUCCAGAAGCUCUACGGACUCUACAACAGCGUCAUCGACACCGUCAACGGGUACUAUGACAUCCUCUGGGCCGACAUCCAAAUAGAGAGGAUCAAUAACGAACUUCUAGACUUCCAGACGCGGUAAGGAAAUCAAACUACAACCCAGACCAUGAGAGACAUUUACACAGAAAUGGAUAAAUAAUCAAAAUUUUUCGCCCUCCAUUUCCAGUUGUCGCAAGCUGCCCCGUGCCCUGAAAGAGUGGCAGGCAUUCCUUGACCUGAAGAAAAGUAUAGACGAGAUCAACGAGUGCUGCCCCCUACUGGAACUGAUGACCAAUAAGGCCAUGAUGACGCGUCACUGGAAGAGAAUCACCGAGGUGACAGGACACAGCUUCGAGGUGGAGACUGACACCUUCAAGCUGCGCAACAUCAUGGAAGCGCCGCUCCUCAAAUGCAAAGAGGAAAUUGAGGUGAUUAUGGAUUAUUGUUGUUGCUGUUGUUGGUGCUGAAACCCGGGAAGGAACCAGGUAAUUGAUUUUCUAUAGCCUACUCAGCCUAACAUACAUUCUCUAUAGCCAUACAACUACUGGUACUCAACUCACGGUACUGUAAAUUGAGGCUUGAAAAAAAGGUUGUUUGACCUCAGUGGGACAACUUGUAAUAACAAAGGUAAAAUAAAGAUAAAUGUUGUUUGAACUCCCGCCGGGCAGGACAUUUGCAUCAGUGCGGUGAAGGAGAGGGACAUUGAGCAGAAGCUGAAGCAGGUGAUUGCUGAGUGGGACAACAAGACGUUCACCUUCACCAACUUCAAGACGCGAGGGGAGCUGCUGCUGAGGGGCGACAGCACCGCCGAGAUCAUUACUAACAUGGAGGACAGCCUCAUGGUGCUGGGAUCACUCAUGAGCAACAGGUUAGACUAGAGACCUACUGGAGGCACAAAUGACUUAGCCUGGAAAUCAAGACUGAUUUCUACUUCAGUUUUGUUAACAAUAGUGAAAUGUAGCCUGAUUCAGUCUUGAUUUUGAGGCUACAAAUGACCUGGGGGUUAGGAGUGAUAUCAGAUUUCUUCUCAAUUGUUUAUCAUAUUUCAGCAUCCAGUUGACUUGUCAUCUAGAGUUCAACUGUUGUGUUUUUGGGGAAUAAGACUGGGGUGCUAUGUUUAAAUCCCUGUAAGGUUUUAGCUGUAUUGUACAGACUUUUAGUGUUGUUUGUGUACUGUAGUAGCCAAUGCUUGACUCGGCUGAUGACUUGGUGCUCCACAGGUACAACACGCCAUUCAAGGCCCAGAUCCAGAAAUGGGUUCAGAACCUUUCCAACACCACUGACAUCAUAGAGAACUGGAUGACUGUCCAGAACCUGUGGAUCUACCUCGAGGCUGUGUUCGUGGGUGGGGACAUAGCCAAACAGCUACCCAAGGUAAGAAUCAAUACAUUGACUUUUCAUCUGAAAACACAUCUUUAACCUUAUGCUAUCAGUGAUAGGGUUCCACAAUUUCGUGCUCUUUCACAAAGUGCCCAGGGUUUUCAGAAAUCACGUGGUUUUUUUUAAAACUCAGGAACUUUUGAGGAAAUUUUCAAAAUUGUGCAAACUUAAUCAGGACUGACAAUCUAGUCUGAAUCAUCUGAAUGACAGGAGGCGAAGCGUUUCUCCAACAUCGACAAGUCCUGGGUGAAGAUCAUGACGCGGGCCCAUGAGAUGCCCAACGUGGUGCAGUCAUGUGUGGGGGACGAGACCAUGGGACAACUGCUGCCUCACCUGCUGGAACAACUGGAGAUCUGUCAGAAGUCUCUCACUGGGUAUGUCUGUCUGGAGGUCUGUCAGAAGUUUCUGGGUAAGUCUGUCUGGAGAUCUGUCAGAAGUCUCUCACUGGGUAAGUCUGUCUGGAGGUCUGUCAGAAGUCUCUGGGUAAGUCUGUCUGGAGGUCUGCCAGAAGUCUCUGGGUAAGUCUGUCUGGAGGUCUGUCAGAAGUCUCUGGGUAAGUCUGUCUGAAGGUCUGUCAGAAGUCUCUCACUGGGUAGGCCUAUACUUAUAAAUUGAGUUUUCAAUGUUUGAUAUGUGUAUUAGAUAGUUGAAUUUGAAAGUAUUCAUGUACCAGUAUGACACCUUCCAAGUCUACCUACGUUGUACAUCGGUAGCUUGAUGAUGUGUACUAAACUUGUAUUGUUUUCAACCCUUGGUUGUGUGUGUGAUUGUGUGACUGGCAGGUACUUGGAAAAGAAGCGUCUGCUGUUCCCUCGGUUCUUCUUUGUGUCUGACCCGGCCCUGCUGGAGAUUCUGGGCCAAGCCUCGGACUCCCACACCAUCCAGGCCCACUUGCUCAACGUCUUUGACAACAUCAAAUGUGUCCGCUUCCAUGACAAGGUACAGUAACGCACAGACAGACAUAUUCUUUUUUUCUACAAUUAUCACGGUCAGGCCUCCUAAUGUAGUAGUAUCUGCCCUUCUGCAAUAGUAACUACCCUAGAUUCAGCAACAUCAAUAGUAUCUGCCCUUCUGUUUCCAUAGAUGUACGACAGGAUCCUGGCCAUCUCGUCCAGGGAGGGGGAGACGGUAGAGCUGGAUCGGCCGGUGACGGCUGAGGGGAAUGUGGAGGUCUGGCUCAACGCCCUGCUGAAGGAAUCCCAGAGGUCUCUUCACCUGGUCAUCAGACUGGCUGUCCUGGCCAUCCAGGACUCAGGCUUCCAGCUCAUUGAGUUCCUGGACUCUUUCCCUGCUCAGGUGGGGAGACAUGGGAUACAUCCUAAAUGGAACCCUAUUACAUACAGUAGUUCACUACUUUUAUUCCAGGCCCUGUUCACUCUAUAGGGAAUAGGCUGCAAUUUGUGACACAGUCCUGGUUCUUGGGGUCAUCAUUCAUUCUCUUUUAUAAUGGGAUAGUAAAGAUUACCUUAACCUUGACCUUGGAGCAAUGGUCUCGCAGUUAGACUUUCCCACGCCUAUGUUUCAUUACUCAAUACCUAAUCAGGGAUUCCUGCUUUGCUGCAUUAUCCUCCAUUAAUGUAUAACUGAAACUGAUCUAUACCCUAGCCAAAUUCCAAACAUUCCUGAAUUUAUACAUUGUCCUGAUUACAUCCCUGAUUGAUAUGAAGACAUCUAAGCCAGGAAAGGUAACUUUCAUUCUCUCGUUGAUGUCCUAUCAUGAUGUCCUCUCUUCCUCACUCCAUCAACCAGGUUGGUCUGCUGGGAGUCCAGAUGAUCUGGACCAGAGACUCAGAGGAGGCCCUGACCAACGCCCGCUACGACCGUAAGAUCAUGCCCAAGACCAACCAGUUCUUCCUGGAGCUUCUCAACACCCUGAUAGACAUGACCACUAAAGACCUGGCCUCAGUGGAGCGGGCCAAGUAUGAGACACUCAUAACCAUCCAUGUACACCAGAGGGACAUCUUUGAUGACCUGGUGAGUGGACUGGAAUCACAAACUGACUCGGUGGCUAAAAUAGUACUUCAACCCCAAAGGUCCCUUUCAGUGUAUAAACUGAAGGUACUAAUUUAAACUUUUGGCAAACUGUGCCACCAAAGUUUUUCUGAUUAGGGUGAGGUAGUCCCCUGUAGCUCAGUUGGUAGAGCAUGGCGCUUGUAACGCCAGGGUUGUGGGUUCGUUUCCCACGGGGGGGCAGUAUGAAAAUGUAUGCACUCACUAACUGUAAGUCGCUCUGGAUAAGAGCGUCUGCUAAAUGACUCAAAUGUAAAAUGUAGGUAGAGUCUGAGAAUAUCAAUUUGAGUUUCCCCUGUUAUUCAAAUCACAUUUGACAAGUCAUUUGGGGUUUUAGGAAUUUCAUAGGCUUUUGCAAUCCUUUGUUUACAGAAUGGUUUCUCUUUCCCCCUCCUCUCCCCUCAGUGUCGGCUGCAUAUCAAAGCCCUACAGACUUUGAGUGGAUGAAGCAGUGUCGUUUCUACUUCAAUGAGGACUCUGACAAGAUGAUCAUCAACAUCACUGACGUCGGCUUCAUCUAUCAGAAUGAGUUCCUGGGCUGCACUGACAGACUGGUUAUCACCCCUCUGACUGACAGGUAGGGACUAACUAGUCAUCACCUCUCUGACUGACAGGUAGGGACUAACUAGUCAUCACCUCUCUGACUGACAGGUAGGGACUAACUAGUCAUCACCUCUCUGACUGACAGGUAGGGACUAACUAGUCAUCACCUCUCUGACUGACAGGUAGGGACUAACUAGACAUCACCUCUCUGACUGACAGGUAGGGACUAACUAAUCACCUCUCUGACUGACAGGUAGGGACUAACUAGUCAUCACCUCUCUGACUGACAGGUAGGGACUAACUAAUCACCUCUCUGACUGACAGGUAGGGACUAACUAAUCACCUCUCGACUGACAGGUAGGGACUAACUAUCACCUCUCUGACUGACAGGUAGGGACUAACUAAUCACCUCUAUGACUGACAGGUAGGGACUAACUAGACAUCACCUCUCUGACUGACAGGUAGGGACUAACUAAUCACCUCUCGACUGACAGGUAGGGACUAACUAGUCAUCACCUCUCUGACUGACAGGUAGGGACUAACUAAUCACCUCUCUGACUGACAGGUAGGGACUAACUAAUCACCUCUCUGACUGACAGGUAGGGACUAACUAAUCACCUCUCUGACUGACAGGUAGGGAUAACUAAUCACCAUCUCUGACUGACAGGUAGGGACUAACUAGUCACCUCUAUGACUGACAGGUAGGGACUAACUAGUCACCCUCUCUGACUGACAGGUAGGGACUAACUAGUCACCUCUCUGACUGACAGGUAGGGACUAACUAAUCACCUCUCUGACUGACAGGUAGGGACUAACUAAUCACCUCUCUGACUGACAGGUAGGGACUAACUAAUCACCUCUCUGACUGACAGGUAGGGACUAACUAAUCACCUCUCUGACUGACAGGUAGGGACUAACUAGUCACCUCUAUGACUGACAGGUAGGGACUAACUAGUCACCUCUCUGACUGACAGGUAGGGACUAACUAGUCACCUCUCUGACUGACAGGUAGGGACUAACUAGUCACCUCUCUGACUGACAGGUAGGGACUAACUAAUCACCUCUCUGACUGACAGGUAGGGACUAGGAAGUGGCUCCACCACCACUCUAAUAGCUUAACCAGUUAUCAUGCAUUUUGGGCUAAAAGGGCAACUUACACUUGUGGCACUAAAAAUAUAGAGGUUUUUGUGGCAAAUUAUUGCUAGGAGACACUAGAGUGCAGUGUUGGACACACAUUUCAGUAACCAGUAUGCCAAUACCACGGCCCAGCCUAACGUUGUAGUGCCCACAAGUAUAUGAUGUAUCACAUUGGGUGAUUAUUCUAGGUGUACCUAACCCCUUGGUGUGUGUUUGUCCCAGGUGCUACAUCACACUGGCCCAGGCUCUGGGGAUGAGUAUGGGAGGAGCCCCGGCCGGCCCUGCAGGAACAGGGAAGACUGAGACCACUAAAGACAUGGGCCGCUGCCUGGGGAAGUACGUGGUGGUCUUCAACUGCUCUGACCAGAUGGACUUCAGAGGACUGGGGAGGAUCUUUAAAGGUAGGAGCUUCUACUCAUAUUGCCUGGUCCUAACAUUUCUGCUGUCUUGCCAACUCCUGUGUUAUUUGCAUGGCAAUGACCAUAGGAGUUGGAUAUCCAGUACAAACAAAACGUAUGUGAUUUGGGGGGAUUAUAGGCUAUAUAUAAGAUCUCACUCAUAUUACUGUGAAGAGAAUGAUGAUAUCAACCUGAACCCAAUGAACAGUGUAAUGUUGUGUGUCUUUGUGUUGAUUUGCAGGUCAGGCUCUUGGGGUUGUUUUGAAUGAGGAGUUUAAUGUUGUGAAGAGUGAUGUGUAAUAUUGUGUGUAAUGUUGUGUUGAUUGGCAGGCCUAGCCCAGUCGGGCUCGUGGGGCUGUUUUGAUGAGUUCAACCGUAUCGACCUAUCAGUGCUCUCCGUGGCAGCCCAGCAGAUCGCCAUUGUGCUUACCUGCAAGAAGGAGCGCCGCAAGAACUUCAUCUUCACCGACGGAGACAACGUGGAAAUGAAUCCCGAAUUCGGCAUCUUCCUGACUAUGGUUAUUAUUAUUAGCAGUGUAUAAACUACUCACUGUAGAAACCCCUUCACAAACACUUUGUCAAGUAGAGCUUAAUUUAAAGUACUUCUGAAAGGAAUAGUGAAUUCUUGUCUCAAAGAAGAUUAACUGAAACUAGUCUGAAUCAGACAAGGUUUAUUAUUUGAGGAUGUUAGUCAUAGACUUUGUUUUGCAUUUUCAUAACAUUAGUCAUCUACACUAUGUUCAUGCCAGGUCAUCAUUGUAAAUAAGAAUGUAUUCUUAACAGACUCACCUGGUUAAAAUAAAUAUUUGAUUAAUAAAUGUUUUUGCCCCCAUCAGAACCCGGGCUACGCAGGUCGUCAGGAGCUUCCAGAGAACCUGAAGAUCAACUUCCGCUCGGUGGCCAUGAUGGUCCCAGACCGUCAGGAGCUUCCAGAGAACCUGAAGAUCAACUUCCGCUCGGUGGCCAUGAUGGUCCCAGACCGUCAGAUAAUCAUCCGGGUCAAGCUGGCCAGCUGUGGCUUCAUAGACAACAUAGAGCUGGCCAGGAAGUUCUUCACCCUCUACAAACUGUGCGAGGAGCAGCUCUCCAAGCAGGUCAGCUAUGAAAUGAAAUGGAACUGCUGUAGAUAUUUCAAUGACAGCUGAACAUGCAAAGCUAUACUUUUUUGUGAAAACUCAAGUCAAUUGAAAUGUUAUUUAAAUUGCCAUCACAGUCUCAAAUCACUUUAGAGGGAAUUAAUAUGCCACCUGUCAGGUGGAUGGAUUAUCUUGGCAAAGGAGAAAUGCUUACUAACAGGGAUGUAAAGAAAUGUGUGCACAAAUUGAGAGAAAUACGCUUUUUUGCAUAUGGAAAAUGUCUGGGAUCUUUUAUUUCAGCUCAUGAAACAUGGAACCAACACUUUUCAUGUUGCGUUUAUAUUUUUGUUCAGUAUAAAAACAACAAAACUGUCCAUGUAUGUGUUGAUUAUGAUCUUUGUGUAGUUCAUAGUUCUAUUUCCGUACAUUCCAUGUUGGGUUCACUCUCUGUUUAUAAGGUGCAUUACGACUUUGGACUCCGAAACAUUUUGUCAGUUCUGCGUACACUGGGGGCGGUGAAACGAGCGAACCCCAACGACACAGAAUCUACCAUCGUCAUGAGGGUUCUCAGAGAUAUGAACCUGUCCAAGCUGGUGAGUAGACAUACAGGACAUUCUCCUCGAAAUCAACUGCAAUUCUCCUCGAAAUCAACUGCCAUUUUAGAAAAGCCAUUUUUUAAAAGCAGCAUUAAGUGUUACAAAUUGUUAUUUUUUCAGAUAUUAUUCUGUAAUAUAUGAAUAAUGAUUUCAUCUUCAGUGAGGUGCAAUACAACACAAGUGGUAUCAUGGUUAACUUCAUUGACACUAUAUGUGUUGACAGAUAGAUGAAGAUGAGCCGUUGUUCCUCAGCCUGAGAGAGGACCUCUUCCCUGGGAUCCAGCUGGAUAAAGCAGGCUACCCAGAGCUGGAGACAGCUAUCGACAAACAGGUGAGAGGACAUUUUAUAUAACAUAAAAUAAUCCCUUUACAUUUAGUUUGAAAAUUGUCCAUGUCACUCUGAAGUCUAUCUGCAUGUAGUUUCUCACAACCCUCCUCCUCACACUGCUUCUCCUCACCACCCAUCUCUUCUCCUUUCCCCUACAGUACAUUUGACAUUUUAGUCAUUUAGCAGACGCUCUUAUCCAGGGCAAUUACAUGAGCAAUUAGGGUUAAGUGCCUUGCUCAAGGGCACAUCGACAGAUUUUUCACCUAGUCAGCUCAGGGAUUCGAACCAGCAACCUUUUGGUUACUGGACCUUUUGGUUACUGGGUCUUAAGCGCUAGGCUACAUGCCGCCCCCACAGUAUAAUACAGAGUUUAAGGGAUUAAUCUCAUCUUGGUAUUAGCCUUAAUACCAUAGGGCUUUUUAAAGUAGCAUAAAACCUUUUUUCGAUCUAAAUGUGAGCGGUAGGGAUUUAUUUGUAUUAACAUGAAGAGUCUCACUCUCUCCCACUGUAGGUGGAGGAGUCUGGUUUCAUAACAUGAAGAGUUUCUCUUAUCCCUAUGUGCUCCAUACUGUAGGUGGUGGAGGCAGGUCUGAUCAGCCACCCUCCGUGGAAGCUGAAGGUGAUUCAGCUGUUUGAGACCCAGAGGGUCCGCCAUGGCAUGAUGGCCCUGGGGCCCAGCGGAGCAGGAAAAACCACCUGCAUUCACACCCUGAUGAGAGCCAUGACAGGUGAGACAAUGUCCCCAUCAAAACACUUGACUUAUUUCACCUUAUUUACUACCUCAUGGCAGUCAUACUAAAGUAAAAUGCACAGACGUUUACAUGCACUAAAAAGCUGUGUUAAGUUAAUUUGUAUGUGUUUGCACCCACAGACUGCGGCCAGCCACACAGAGAGAUGCGUAUGAACCCCAAAGCGAUCACCGCCCCUCAGAUGUUUGGCCGUCUAGAUGUAGCUACCAAUGACUGGACCGACGGCAUCUUCUCUACCCUGUGGAGGAAGACCCUGAGAGCCAAGAAAGGUGAGCCGGAUACCUCCUCUUAUUUCUUAUUGUUAUAGAUCUUGUGUGUUUUUGUUCUACCUUGUUAUUUUUAGGAUUACAUUGUUAUUGAUUACUGCAUUGUUGGGGUUAGAGUUGGCAAAAAAGGCUUUUCACUGUACUUGUGCAUGUGACUUUCAAACUUGAAACUUGAAAGAAAUACCCUGGACUUAUACAUGCUUUACACAUGCAAGGUUACACAUGCAUUACACAUGCUAGAGCAUGAACCCAUAUACAGUACAUACCGUAUAGUCUCUAUGGAAUUCAUAUAGAAUAAUGGGGCAGACCAUUUUCACCCAUCUCUAUUUCAAUGUGUUUUCAAUAUUUCAUAUCUUUCUAUUAAUUUCCCUGUCGUUUUACAAAAGGUGAUGUUCUAAUACUUUCCUCUGACCUCCAUAGUUGAUUUUGAUUAGUUUAAUAAGCAGACUGGUUCUAAUGUUUCUAUCCUCUGCAGGGGAGCACAUCUGGAUAGUACUAGAUGGACCAGUAGAUGCUAUCUGGAUAGAGAACCUCAACUCUGUACUGGAUGACAACAGGACUCUGACCCUGGCCAAUGGAGACAGGAUCCCCAUGGCCCCCAACUGCAAGAUUGUGUUUGAGCCCCACAACAUCGACAACGCUUCGCCUGCCACCGUGUCCCGUAACGGAAUGGUGUUCAUGAGCUCUUCUGUGCUCAACUGGAGCCCCAUUCUGGAGGUGGGCAAAGGAACCUUCUCUCACACUUUAUCAGUGGAUGAAAAUGUGUGUGUGUGCAUCUUUGUCUAUGUGUGUGUAUAUUUGUGUGGGUGUAUAUUUGUGUGUGUAUGUAUGUGUACAUGGGUGUAUCUUUGUCUACAUGUAUACAUGUGUGUUUUGUCCCCAUGCAGGGCUGGCUGAAGAAGCGUUCCCCUCAGGAGGGAGAGGUGCUGAGAGAGCUGUUCUCCUCUUCCUUCCCAGAGGUCUACCGGUUCAGUGUUCACUGUCUGGAGUACAAGAUCGACAUGCUGGAGGCCUUCGUCAUCAUGCAGAGCAUCAACAUGCUGCAGGGCCUCAUCCCCGCCAAGGUAGGCACCUGAAACCUCCAUACUCCAACCAUGGGGCGGCAGGUAGGGUAAGAGCGUUGUGCCAGUAACCGAAAGGUCGCUGGUUCUAAUCCCUGAGCCGACUAGGUGAAAAAAUCUGUUGAUGUGCCCUUGAGCAAGGCUCCUGUAAGUCGCUCUGUAUAAGAGCGUCUGCUAAAUGACUAAAAUGUAAAUAUUAAAAACCCUGCAGAAGGGGGAUAAUAUCCUUACAUCAUUGAGCUCUAUGAGUACUGUUGGAGUGAAUUGCCCCCAUAUUCCUCAUAGAAACAAAUUACAAUGUUCUAAUGCCUAACUGAUUUAAUUCAUCAUGUCAUUGUGAUUCCUUUAGCACUCUGGUUUUCAAUUACUGUUGGACUAUAACGCUCUGGACUCUGCAUUUAUGUGGGGAUGGAUUUCAAUUUCCCUUUACUGUAGGUGACUGAUUAAUUUGAGCGCCAAGUAUGAAGUAUAGUAGCUAUAAAGAUGUAGAAGGGCUUUGGUACAGUAUGCUGUGUUGAUAGUGACUGUUGUUGUGUUCCAGGAGCAGGGUGGGGAGGUGUCCAGGCAGCAUGUGGAGCGUCUCUAUGUGUUUGCUCUCAUGUGGAGCAUCGGAGCUUUACUGGAGCUGGAAGACAGGAGGAAGAUGGAGAGCUGGCUCCGUGGCAACGACAACAUCCAUCUGGACCUCCCAGAUAUACCAUCAGACAGCGAGGACACCAUGUUCGACUACCACGUCACUAUAGACGGUGAGGGGUAGAUGUACAGUAGACAGACUCCACAAACUCACAACACACACUCAGUCCUCUUAUAAUGGACUGUUAUGGAAGAGACACUUAACAAAAAUAUAAAGGCAACAUGUAAAGUGUUGGUCCCAUGUUUUCAUGAGCUGAAAUAAAACAUGCACAAAAAGCUUAUUUCUCUCUAUGUUAGUGAGCAUUUCUCCUUUGCCAAGAUAAUCCAUCCACCUGACAGGUGUGGCACAUUAAGCUGAUUAAAAAGCAUGAUCAUUACACAGGUGCACCUUGUGCUGUGGACAAUAAAAGGUCACUCUAAAAUGUGCAGUUUUAUCACACAACACAAUGCCACAGAUGUCUCAAGUUUAGAGGGAGCGUGCAAUUGGCAUGCUGACUGCAGGAAUGUCCACCAGAGCUGUUGCCAGAUAUUUGAAUGUUCAUUUCUCUACCAUAAGCCACCUCCAACGUCAUUUUAGAGAAUUUGGCAGUACGUCCAACCGGCCUCGCAACCACAGACCAUGUGUAACCACACCAGCCCCUCCUCAUCCGGCUUCUUCACCUGCGAGAGAGUCUGAGACCAGCCACUCGGACAGCUGAUGAAACUGUGGGUUUGCACAACCGAAGAAGGAAGGUCCAAAAAAUUGUCAAAGACUCCAGUCACCCAAGUCGUAGUAGACUGUUCUCUCUGCUACCGCACGGCAAGCGGUACCGGAGCGCCAAGUCUAGGUCCAAAAGGCUCCUUAACAGCUUCUACCCCCAAGCCAUAAGACUACUGAACAAUUAAUCAAAUGGCCACCCGGACUAUUUACAUUGACCCCCCCCUUGUUUUUAAACUGCUGCUACUCGUUGUUUAUUAUCUAUGCAUAGUCACUUUACCCCUACCUACAUGUACAAAUUACCUCGACUAACCUGUACCCACAUUGACUCGGUACCGGUACCCCCUGUAUAUAACCUCGUUAUUGUUAUUUUAUUGUGUUACUUUUUAUUUUAUGUUUUACUUUAGUUUAUUUAGUAAAUAUUGUCUUAACUCUAUUUCUUGAACUGCAUUGUUGGUUAAGGGCUUUUAAGUAAGCAUUUCAUGUUAAGGUCUACACCUGUUGUAUUCGGCAUAUGUGACAAAUACAAUUUGAUUUGAUAAUUCCUGGAAGCUGAAAAUGGCCCAGUUCUUCCAUGGCCUGCAUACUCACCAGACAUGUCAUCCAUUGAGCAUGUUUGGGAUGCUUUAAAUUGACAUGUACGGCAGCGUGUUCCAGUUCCCGCCAAUAGCCAGCAACUUCGCACAGCCAUUGAAGAGGAGUGGGACAACAUUCCACAGGCCACAAUCAACAGCUUGAUCAACUCUAUGCGAAUGAGAUGUGUCACGCUGCAUCUGGUCACACCAGAUACUGACUGGUUUUCUGAUCCACGCCCCUCCCUUUUUUUUAAAGGUAUCUGUGAACAACAUAUGUAUAUCUGUGUUCCCAGUCAUGUGAAAUCCAUGGAUUAGGGCCUAAUGAAUUUAUUUCAAUUGACUGAUUUCCUUAUAUGAACUGUAACUCAGUAAAAUCUUUGAAAUUGUUGCAUGUUGCAUUUAUAUUUUUGUUCAGUGUAGAUCAUAAGAUCAUAUUGAUCUUUCACAGUGCUCUUGCUCAAUUAAAAAGUUGGUGCAUUGAAAUAUAAACAUCAUGGGCCAAUUGCAACCAGAUUAUCACCAUCUGAUAAUGUUCAACCUUCCCAAGUUCUCUCACGUCCACCUCCGUACCUUCAGGCUCUGAUCAGUCCCUACACCCAAACGAGGGCAUUGUGUUCAUCCACCUCUGGCCUGCUGGCCCCCCUACCUCUGCGGAAGCACAGUUCCCGCUCAGCCCAGUCAAAACUGCUCGCUGCCCUGGCACCCCAAUGGUGGAACAAGCUCCCUCACGACGCCAGGACAGCGGAGUCACUCACCACAUUCCGGAGACACUUGAAACCCCACCUCUUUAAGGAAUACCUGGGAUAGGAUAAAGUAAUCAUUCUACCCCCCCUUACCCCACCCCCCCAAUUUUUUUUUUUAUAUAUAUAUAUAUAUACAGUGAGGGAAAAAAGUAUUUGAUCCCCUGCUGAUUUUUUACGUUUGCCCACUGACAAAGAAAUGAUCAGUCUAUAAUUUUAAUGGUAGGUUUAUUUGAACAGUGAGAGACAGAAUAACAACAACAGAAAUCCAGAAAAACGCAUGUCAAAAAUGUUAUAAAUUGAUUUGCAUUUUAAUGAGGGAAAUAAGUAUUUGACCCCCUCUCAAUCAGAAAGAUUUCUGGCUCCCAGGUGUCUUUUAUACAGGUAACGAGCUGAGAUUAGGAGCACACUCUUAAAGGAAGUGCUCCUAAUCUCAGUUUGUUACCUGUAUAAAAGACACCUGUCCACAGAAGCAAUCAAUCAAUCAGAUUCCAAACUCUCCACCAUGGCCAAGACCAAAGAGCUCUCCAAGGAUGUCAGGGACAAGAUUGUAGACCUACACAAGGCUGGAAUGGGCUACAAGACCAUCGCCAAGCAGCUUGGUGAGAAGGUGACAACAGUUGGUGCGAUUAUUCGCAAAUGGAAGAAACACAAAAUAACUGUCAAUCUCCCUCGGCCUGGGGCUCCAUGCAAGAUCUCACCUCGUGGAGUUGCAAUGAUCAUGAGAACGGUGAGGAAUCAGCCCAGAACUACACGGGAGGAUCUUGUCAAUGAUCUCAAGGCAGCUGGGACCAUAGUCACCAAGAAAACAAUUGGUAACACACUACGCCGUGAAGGACUGAAAUCCUGCAGCGCCCGCAAGGUCCCCCUGCUCAAGAAAGCACAUAUACAGGGCCGUCUGAAGUUUGCCAGUGAACAUCUGAAUGAUUCAGAGGAGAACGGGGUGAAAGUGUUGUGGUCAGAUGAGACAAAAAUCGAGCUCUUUGGCAUCAACUUAACUCUCCGUGUUUGGAGGAGGAGGAAUGCUGCCUAUGACCCCAAGAACACCAUCCCCACCGUCAAACAUGGAGGUGGAAACAUUAUGCUUUGGGGGUGUUUUUCUGCUAAGGGGACAGGACAACUUCACCGCAUCAAAGGUACGAUGGACGUGGCCAUGUACCGUCAAAUCUUGGGUGAGAACCUCCUUCCCUCAGCCAGGGCAUUGAAAAUGGGUCAUGGAUGGGUAUUCCAGCAUGACAAUGACCCAAAACACACGGCCAAGGCAACAAAGGAGUGGCUCAAGAAGGAGCACAUUAAGGUCCUGGAGUGGCCUAGCCAGUCUCCAGACCUUAAUCCCAUAGAAAAUCUGUGGAGGGAGCUGAAGGUUCGAGUUGCCAAACGUCAGCCUCGAAACCUUAAUGACUUGGAGAAGAUCUGCAAAGAGGAGUGGAACAAAAUCCCUCCUGAGAUGUGUGCAAACCUGGUGGCCAGCUACAAGAAACGUCUGACCUCUGUGAUUGCCAAAAAGGGUUUUGCCACCAAGUACUAAGUCAUGUUUUGCAGAGGGGUCAAAUACUUAUUUCCCUCAUUAAAAUGCAAAUCAAUUUAUAACAUUUUUGACAUGCGUUUUUCUGUAUUUUUUGUUGUUGUUAUUCUGUCUCUCACUGUUCAAAUACUGUAAACCUACCAUUAAAAUUAUAGACUGAUCAUGUCUUUGUCAGUGGGCAAACGUAAAAAAUCAGCAGGGGAUCAAAUACCUUUUUCCCUCACUGUAUAUAUAUAUAUAUACAGUGGGGGGAAAAAGUAUUUAGUCAGCCACCAAUUGUGCAAGUUCUCCCACUUAAAAAGAUGAGAGAGGCCUGUAAUUGUCAUCAUAGGUACACGUGAACUAUGACAGACAAAAUGAGAAAAAAAAAUCCCGAAAAUCACAUUGUAGGAUUUUUAAUGAAUUAAUUUGCAAAUUAUGGUGGAAAAUAAGAAUUUGGUCAAUAACAAAAGUUUCUCAAUACUUUGUUAUAUACCCUUUGUUGGCAAUGACACAGGUCAAACGAUUUCUGUAAGUCUUCACAAGGUUUUCACACACUGUUGCUGGUAUUUUGGCCCAUUCCUCCAUGCAGAUCUCCUCUAGAGCAAUGAUGUUUUGGGGCUGUCGCUGGGCAACACAGACUUUCAACUCCCUCCAAAGAUUUUCUAUGGGGUUGAGAUCUGGAGACUGGCUAGGCCACUCCAGGACCUUGAAAUGCUUCUUACGAAGCCACUCCUUCGUUGCCCGGGCGGUGUGUUUGGGAUCAUUGUCAUGCUGAAAGACCCAGCCACAUUUCAUCUUCAAUGCCCUUGCUGAUGGAAGGAGGUUUUCACUCAAAAUCUCACGAUACAUGGCCCCAUUCAUUCUUUCCUUUACACGGAUCAGUCGUCCUGGUCCCUUUGCAGAAAAACAGCCCCAAAGCAUGAUGUUUCCACCCCCAUGCUUCACAGUAGGUAUGGUGUUCUUUGGAUUUAACUCAGCAUUCUUUGUCCUCCAAACACGACGAGUUGAGUUUUUACCAAAAAGUUAUAUUUUGGUUUCAUCUGACCAUAUGACAUUCUCCCAAUCCUCUUCUGGAUCAUCCAAAUGCACUCUAGCAAACUUCAGACGGGCCUGGACAUGUACUGGCUUAAGCAGGGGGACACGUCUGGCACUGCAGGAUUUGAGUCCCUGGCGGCGUAGUGUGUUACUGAUGGUAGGCUUUGUUACUUUGGUCCCAGCUCUCUGCAGGUCAUUCACUAGGUCCCCCCGUGUGGUUCUGGGAUUUUUGCUCACCGUUCUUGUGAUCAUUUGACCCCACGGGGUGAGAUCUUGCGUGGAGCCCCAGAUCGAGGGAGAUUAUCAGUGGUCUUGUAGUCUUCCAUUUCCUAAUAAUUGCUCCCACAGUUGAUUUCUUCAAACCAAGCUGCUUACCUAUUGCAGAUUCAGUCUUCCCAGCCUGGUGCAGGUCUACAAUUUUGUUUCUGGUGUCCUUUGACAGCUCUUUGGUCUUGGCCAUAGUGGAGUUUGGAGUGUGACUGUUUGAGGUUGUGGACAGGUGUCUUUUAUACUGAUAACAAGUUCAAACAGGUGCCAUUAAUACAGGUAACGAGUGGAGGACAGAGGAGCCUCUUAAAGAAGAAGUUACAGGUCUGUGAGAGCUAGAAAUCGUGCUUGUUUGUAGGUGACCAAAUACUUAUUUUCCACCUUAAUUUGCAAAUAAAUUCAUUAAAAAUCCUACAAUGUGAUUUUCUGGAAAAAAAAUCUCAAUUUGUCUGUCAUAGUUGACGUGUACCUAUGAUGAAAAUUACAGGCCUCUCUCAUCUUUUUAAGUGGGAGAACUUGCACAAUUGGUGGCUGACUAAAUACUUUUUUUCCCCACUGUAUAUAUAUAUAUAUAUAUAUAUAUAUAUAUAUAUAUAUAUAUAUAUUAUAUAUAUUGUAAAGUGGUUGUCCCACUGGCUAUCAUAAGGUGAAUGCACCAAUUUGUAAGUCGCUCUGGAUAAGAGCGUCUGCUAAGUGACGAAAAUGUAAAUGUGAUCUGAUCUCUUGUUAAACCAUUAAUAUGCGUUAAAUUCACCCACAUAGCUGAUCUCAAUUUGCAAACAUUAUUGGUCACCUCAUUACCAUUCCUUAUAAGGUGAUGUUGGUAUUACAUUAGUCCUGCUUGCUUUCAAAGGGUUUCAAGAUAUGUUCACCCUCCGGUGGGUAUUAUCAUCAGAAAAAUGUCAUUUAUCUAUUUGACAAUCAUUCCGUAGAACUGAACUAGUAUUUCCAGCUGAUGACAUCGUGGAUGGUGAAAAUUCCAUCUGAUGACAUCAUGGAUGGUGUCCAUGAUGCUCACAUCUAUUUGUUUUUCAAUGAUUUAUUAUUGUAUGUCCUCCUGUGUGUGCAGGUCAGUGGGUCCACUGGAACACGCGGGUAGAGGAGUACGUCUACCCAUCAGAUCUCACUCCAGAGUACGGAUCCAUCCUGGUCCCCAACGUGGACAAUGUCCGCACUGACUUCCUCAUCCAGACCAUCGCCAAUCAGGGCAAGGUGAGAGUCCAAAAACCUAACCCACCUAACCCUAACCCUUACUCUAACCCUCAUCCAAACCAUAGCCAAACAGGGCGAGGUGGGUGUCCGUAUUCACAAAGGGUCUCAGAGUAUUAGGGCUGAUCUAGGAUCAAGUCCCCUAUGUAUAUAUAAUCGUAUUCAUUAUUAUCUAAAAGGCUAUACUGAUCCUAUAUUAGCAAUCCUGUUCUGAGUAUUGUUAAUUUGGCUUCUAAGUGGAGGAUAAGUUACCCCCUAGCCAUGUGAUCUUGGUCAGAUCCUCAAGAGUAAUUCCUUCCUCGUUUUGUUGCAGGCUGUGCUGUUGAUCGGAGAGCAAGGCACAGCCAAGACGGUCAUCAUCAAGGGAUACAUGUCAAAGUACGACCCCGAAACUCACAUGGCCAAGAGUCUCAACUUCUCCUCCGCCACAACCCCACUCAUGUUCCAGGUAUUACACCUACAAAACAACACCACACACUUUCUGCUCUUUACUCUAACUUUUCAAGUUUUAGAUGGGUAGGACUUUCUAAGAUCAGUUGUGAAUGAAUGAAAAUGUUUUCCAGUCACUUGUCAGUAAGUUUAUCUGACUACUCAGGUCUAUGCACCAUUUAUUUACAGUAACAAUACUUCAAAUGUGCAUUUUGUUCCCUUAUUCACUGUCUGUAAAGAUGAAACACUUUCUUUCUUUCUCUCCAGCGGACUGUGGAGAGCUAUGUGGACAAGCGGAUGGGCACCACCUACGGCCCUCCUGCAGGGAAGAAGAUGUCCAUCUUUGUGGACGACAUCAACAUGCCAGUCAUCAAUGAUUGGGGAGAUCAGGUCGGACUCAAACUCAGCACUCAUUAAAUCACCAUAGCGAAAGACAAAAAAGUGCACGUUUUCCCAUUUGUUUUCCUGGGAAACCUUACCAUAUGAAAUUGCAACCCGAGAGUGUACAGAUUAUUCUGCCUUUUUACCUAAUUUCCUAAUUUGUCUCACCCCGCUUUAGGUCACCAAUGAGAUAGUCCGCCAGCUGAUGGAACAGAACGGGUUCUUCAAUCUGGAGAAGCCGGGGGAGUUCACCAAUAUUGUGGACAUCCAGUUCCUGGCAGCGAUGAUCCACCCAGGGGGAGGCCGCAACGACAUCCCCCAGAGACUGAAGAGGCAGUUCUCCAUCUUCAACUGCACCCUGCCCUCCAACGCAUCCAUCGACAAGAUAUUUGGUGGGUUUGGCUCCUUAAAAACUCUGAAAUUGCAUCUGUGUGUGGAGACUCUAUGGUUUAGCUUCUUGAUCAGUGUGGGUUUCCCUCUCCCCCUCUAGCAUAUUUAAAAAAGAAAAUUAUUGAAUACCCUGUAAUUUGAGUUACCUGUACUACUUCUCAUCCAUUUACACUGGGCUUCUUGUCAUUUUGACUAUAUUAGAUAUCUAUAUAUACAUAUAUAAUUACACCAUUAUAUAUCUCUCAACAAAAACACUAUUUUCUUUCACUUAUUUACCUCAAUGCUUCGUCCACCUUCACGUCGUCAACCCCUGUUCCCCUCACCUCACUCCUUUCCCUGACCAGGAGUCAUCGGGACAGGACACUACUGUGCCAGGCGAGGCUUCACAGAAGAGGUGCGUGGAACUGUGGCCAAGCUGGUGCCGCUGACCCGUCGGCUGUGGCAGAUGACCAAGGUCAAGAUGCUGCCCACUCCGGCCAAGUUCCACUACAUCUUCAACCUCAGAGACUUGUCCAGAGUCUGGCAGGGCAUGCUCAACCCAACCGCUGAGGUGGUCAACUCUCUUACUGUGAGUCCAUUCAAACGUUCCAGUAAAACUUUAUUUGGGUAUUCUAUCUGUAGAUUCUCUACAGACUAUCAGUAACAUUUAAACUAACUAUCAACUAACCCUAACCUUAACCCUUACCCUAACCCUUAUUCUAAACCUAACUCUAACUGUAAUCUUAGAAAACAGUUGCUUAUCAACACAUAGUUUGUUGAUAGUAUGACAUGCUCUACAGAUGGACUAUCUGGACUAUCCAAAUAAAGUGUGACUGAAUUUCCUCUUGAAAGACAAUAAACAUAAUCAAUCAAUCCAAUACAACUAGAGGAAUAAAUAUCAAAAGGUUACUCACUGGAUCCAAAGGUCUGAAUGAACUGAGAAAAAUAGCUAUGGCUUCUGUCCUAAAUUACAGUAAGAUUCGAGACAUUUAAUCAGCAGUUGUUCUGUGAAUGUAGACUUAACAUUUCCAUGAGACAAAUGUUGUUUUAUUUUGACCCUGUAUGCUGUAGGUGUUGCUUCAGCUGUGGAAGCAUGAGUGUAAGCGUGUGAUCGCGGACCGGUUCACCAUGCCAGAAGAUGUAGCCUGGUUCGACAGGGCCCUGGCCAAGCUAGUAGAGGAGGAGCUAGGAGAGGAAGAGAGGGCUGUGGUCGACUUCGGGGUAGACGGCUACUUUGUUGACUUCCUGAGAGAUGCUCCUGAAGCUACAGGUAUAGCCAAAGCACCAGGUACUGUAUAGCCCCUUCACAUGCAUACACUAUCUAUCGCAUGAUCCUGCAUGAGAUAAGUCAUUUGCAGUUUUUUAACCCUUAUUGUCUAUAUUAAAUAUGUGCUGUAUUUUUCUACCAUGUAUUAAGGAUUCAAACAGUACAUUCUAAGAUGGUGUGUUAAGGUUUAUUAUUAUGUUGUAUAUAUUGCAGUUUAAAGCUGAAUUUCAGGUUAUUAUAUUAAAUUAAUAUAUAUAUAUAUAUAUAUAUAUAUAUAUAUAUAUAUAUAUAUAUAUAUAUACAAUAAUAAAUACAAAAUACUUUUUUUAUUUAAAUUCAAGUUGCUUCAAUAUUGACAAAUCAAGCAAACUAGCUAUGUGCUAGCAGAGAGUUGGAUCAUUUGAAUGGGAUAAUCUGGCAUUAAAAAUGACUACAUUUUUCCCACCAGGUGAGGAGCCAGAGGAUACAGACUUUGAGAUGCCCAAGGUGUAUGAGCCCAUCGAGUCGCUUGAGAGCCUGAUGGACAGGCUCAACAUGUUCCUUGACCAGUACAACGAUAGCAUCAGAGGAGCUGGCAUGGACAUGGUGUUCUUCAGAGAUGCUAUGAUACACCUGGUCAAGGUAGAGGGAAACUGUCAUUAUGCUCACUUGUAGUUAUAGGUGUUUAUGAGCAAUUAUUACCACCUUUGUCAUGAAUUAUAGUGCAUCGUGUAUAGAUCAUAAGGUAUUAUAAACAUGCUUAUAUCACAUUACAAUGAGGGUCUUCAUAGAAAAUAUUACUAAACAUUCCCAUUGGAAGCUUUUGAAAGGCUUAGCUAUUGUCAAGUGUCAAUGUGCAGCGGUAGGACGGAGUCAGGCGCAGGACACAGAACUGAGUAAACGACGUACUUUACUCGAUAAAGUAACCAACACUAAUUUCCACGCAGGGAAAACACACCAGCUCACAUAAGUCUUAGACACAAAACAAAGAACAAACACGCACAAAACCAUGUGGGAACCAGAGGGUUAAAUAGGGAAAUAAUAUAAUGUAAUGGGAACCAGGUGUGUACAAUCAAGACAAAACAAAUGGAAAAAGAAACGUAGAUCGGUGGCAGCUAGAAAGCCGGUGACGACGACCGCCGAACGCCGCCCGAACAAGGAGAGGCACUAACUUCGGCGGAAGUUGUGACAGUACCCCCCCCCUUGACGCGCAGCUCUAGCAGCGCGCCGACACCGGCCUCGGGGACGACCCGGACCGUACCCCUUCCACUCCACGAGGUACUGAAGGCCCCUCGCCUGACGCCUUGAGUCCAUGAUGGCUCGUACAGUAUACGCCGGGACCCCCUCGAUGUCCAGAGGGGGCGGAGGAACCUCCCGCACCUCAGACUGCGGGAGCAGACCUGCCACCACCGGCCUGAGGAGAGACACAUGGAACGAGGGGUUAAUACAGUAAUCAGGGGGAGCUGUAACCUAUAGCAUACCUCGUUCUGUCUCCUCAGGACUUUAAAUGGCCCCACAAACCGCGGACCCAGCUUCCGGCAGGGCAGGCGAAGGGGCAGGUUUCGGGUCGAGAGCCAGACCCGGUCCCCCGGUGCAUACACCAGGGCCUCACUGCGGUGGCGGUCGGCACUCGCCUUCUGUCACCUGAUGGCCCGUUGCAGGCGCACAUGGGCAGCGUCCCAUGUCUCCUCCAGAGCGCCGAAACCAUUCAUCCACCGCAGGUGCCUCGAUCUGGCUCUGAUGCCACAGUGCCAGGACCGGCUGAUACCCUAGUACACACUGAAACGGAGACAUGUUAGUGGAGGAGUGGUGGAGGGAGUUUUGGGCCAUCUCUGCCCAGGGGAUGAAAGCCGCCCCUCCCCCAGCCGGUCCUGGCAAUAGGACCGCAGAAACCUACCCACAUCCUGGUUAACUCUCUCCACCUGCCCAUUACUCUCGGUAUGGUUUGGAUUCUCCACCAUAGUUGCACCUAUGGAAACACCUACACACCUCCCUGAGCACUGACGUGACCAUCCCUUGAGAGCCCUCUGUUGCCACGAAAUAGUGGGGUCAUGAGAGGCCAACCAGGGAAACCCCAACACCACAGGAAACGCAGGAGAAUCGAUCAGGAAGAGACUAAUUCUCUCCUCAUGACCCUCCUGCGUUUUCAUACAUGGUGGAGCUGUGACCUCCCUAAUCAGGACCAAUCCUAGAGGAUGACUAUCUAAGGCAUGUACAGGGAAGGGCACAUCAACAGGAACAAUAGGGAUCCCUAAUCUAUGUGCAAAUAAACGGUCCAUAAAGUUCCCAGCUGCGCCUGAAUCUACUAGUGCCUUAUGCUGGGAAUGCGGGGAAAACUCAGGAAAUUCUAUGCAUACACACAUGUGCGCAACAGGGAGCUCUGGGUGAGUCGGGUGCCUACUCACCUGGGAUGAUCCACCAGUGCCCUGCCUGCUGCCUCGACUCCUUCGGGAACCUCCCCAGCACCGACCAGCAGUGUGCCCUCUGCGGCCACAGUUGGUGCAGGAAACGUCCCCCCCUCCGGUCACCCUUAGAGCAGCACCUCCGAGCUCCAUAGGGGUAGGGUCGGAGGUGCUGGGGGAUGGAAUGGACGGACCCUGACCCGGACGUCCACGGGUGGCCAACAGGUUAUCCAGCCGAAUAGAUAAAUCCACCAGCUGGUCGAUGGUAAGGGUGGUGUCCCUGCAUGCCAGCACCCGACGAACGUCCUCACGUAGACUACACCGGUAAUGGUCGAUCAGGGCCCUCUCAUUCCAUCCCGCGCUGGCAGCCAAGGUCCUGAAGUCCAGUGCGAAGUCCUGUGCGCUCCUCUUCCCCUGUCUGAGGUGGAACAAGCGUUCCCCCGCCGCUCUCUCCUCAGGUGGAUGAUCGAAGACAGGGGAAGGGUGAAAUCCUCAUAGCGAACCAACGCUGCGUCUAUUCCUCCCCAUUCUGCGUUGUCCCACUCAAGCGCUCUCCCAGACAGACAGGAGAUGAGGGCAGACACGCUCUCGUAUCCCGAGGGAGCCGGGUGGAUGGUCGCCAGGUAGAGCUCCACCUGGAGCAGGAACCCCUGGCACCCAGCAGCCGUCCCAUCAUAUGCCCUCGGGAGCGAGAGCCGAAUCCCACUGGGUCCAGGUGACGGAGGGGUGGACAUCGGUGUGGGUUGAUCUGAAGUUGAUGGGGUUGUGGGAAAAAACCCUUUCUCCCAUCGCUCCAUGGUCUGCAACAUGGUCUGUGCCAAGAUUCUGGAGCAUCGUCGUGUGCUGCUGGACGCGCUCCUCCACGGGUACCGGAGGACUGGAUGCACCUGCUGACUCCAUAUAUGGUGCGUGUUUCUGUCAAGUGUCAAUGUGCAGCGGUAGGACGGAGUCAGCGCAGGACCAGAACUGAAAACAACGUACUUUACUCGAUAAAGUCACCAACACUACUUUCCUUCCACGCAGGAAAACCCUCCACUCACAUAGUCUUAGACACAAAACAAACAAACACGCACAAAACCUGUGGGAACCAGAGGGUUAAAUAGGGAAUAUAUAUGUACUGGGAACCAGGUGUGUACAAUCAGACAAAAUUCAAAUGGAAAAAGAAACGUAGAUCAGUGCAGCUAGAAGCCGGUGACGACGACCGCCGAACGCCGCCCGAACAAGGAGAGGCACCAACUUCGGCGGAAGUCGUGACAGCUAUCUUAAAGUCAGUCACCAAUGAGUGUACGCAUCAGAUCACUUGAUAUAAGAAUUGCUUCUAUUGAAAACAGAAAAGGAAGGAGUCACUCCCACUCCAACACUCCACCUGUCUGGUCUGUCUGUAGGUCUCCAGGAUCAUCCGCACGCCCAGAGGGAAUGCCCUUCUGGUAGGAGUUGGGGGAUCAGGCAAGCAGAGCCUGACUAAACUGGCUUCCUUCAUCGCCGGAUACAAGACCUUUCAGAUCACACUAACACGGUACAGACACACCCUCCAAUGUCUAUACUAGCAUACUACUACAUACUGCAUACUAAGUAGUAUGCUAGGAAGGGUAUUGGAACAGACACACAGUCUCAUACAGUCCCUUUACAACUGUAACAGGCAUUUGUAAUGUAUUGAACGUGGCCAUGCAGUUCUGUUUUCCUCCUGUAGAUGCACAGUGACUCUGCAAAUUUGUCUUUCCUCGAUUCCUCACGUCCCCUAUCCUUCACUAUUUUCACACCUUCACUAUCACCUGUAACAACCCUGUGUUCUGUCCUCAGUUCGUACAACACUGCUAACCUGAUGGAGGAUCUGAAGGGUCUGUACAGGACAGCAGGCCAGCAGGGAAAAGGCAUCAGCUUCAUCUUCACUGAUAACGAGAUCAAGGACGAGUCUUUCCUGGAGUACAUGAAUAAUGUGCUAUCGUCUGGAGAGGUCAGGACUCACAUUGAUCACAUGCACACACACACAUAGAGGGCACACAUAAAGCAUUCGAGCAUUUUCAAGAAGUUGUGUCAAUCUGUGUUUGAGAGAAACAAUUCUUGUACAUUAUAACUUGGAUAACUGUUGUUAUACAGUGGGGGAAAAAAGUAUUUAGUCAGCCACCAAUUGUGCAAGUUCUCCCACUUAAAAAGAUGAGAGAGGCCUGUAAUUUUCAUCAUAGGUACACGUCAACUAUGACAGACAAAUUGAGGGAAAAAAAUCCAGAAAAUCACAUUGUAGGAUUUAUUAUGAAUUUAUUUGCAAAUGAUGGUGGAAAAUAAGUAUUUGGUCACCUACAAACAAGCAAGAUUUCUGGCUCUCACAGACCUGUAACUUAUUCUUUAAGAGGCUCCUCUGUCCUCCACUCGUUACCUGUAUUAAUGGCACCUGUUUCAACUUGUUAUCAGUAUAAAAGACACCUGUCCACAACCUCAAACAGUCACACUCCAAACUCCACUAUGGCCAAGACCAAAGAGCUGUCAAAGGACACCAGAAACAAAAUUGUAGACCUGCACCAGGCUGGGAAGACUGAAUCUGCAAUAGGUAAGCAGCUUGGUUUGAAGAAAUCAACUGUGGGAGCAAUUAUUAGGAAAUGGAAGACAUACAAGACCACUGAUAAUCUCCCUCGAUCUGGGGCUCCACGCAAGAUCUCACCCCGUGGGGUCAAAAUGAUCACAAGAACGGUGAGCAAAAAUCCCAGAACCACACGGGGGGACCUAGUGAAUGACCUGCAGAGAGCUGGGACCAAAGUAACAAAGCCUACCAUCAGUAACACACUACGCCGCCAGGGACUCAAAUCCUGCAGUGCCAGACGUGUCCCCCUGCUUAAGCCAGUACAUGUCCAGGCCCGUCUGAAGUUUGCCAGAGUGCAUUUGGAUGACCCAGAAGAGGAUUGGGAGAAUGUCAUAUGGUCAGAUGAAACCAAAAUAUAACUUUUUGGUAAAAACUCAACUCGUCGUGUUUGGAGGACAAAGAAUGCUGAGUUGCAUCCAAAGAACACCAUACCUACUGUGAAGCAUGGGGGUGGAAACAUCAUGCUUUGGGGCUGUUUUUCUGCAAAGGGACCAGGACGACUGAUCCGUGUAAAGGAAAGAAUGAAUGGGGCCAUGUAUCGUGAGAUUUUGAGUGAAAACCUCCUUCCAUCAGCAAGGGCAUUGAAGAUGAAACGUGGCUGGGUCUUUCAGCAUGACAAUGAUCCCAAACACACCGCCCGGGCAACGAAGGAGUGGCUUCGUAAGAAGCAUUUCAAGGUCCUGGAGUGGCCUAGCCAGUCUCCAGAUCUCAACCCCAUAGAAAAUCUUUGGAGGGAGUUGAAAGUCCGUGUUGCCCAGCGACAGCCCCAAAACAUCACUGCUCUAGAGGAGAUCUGCAUGGAGGAAUGGGCCAAAAUACCAGCAACAGUGUGUGAAAACCUUGUGAAGACUUACAGAAAACGUUUGACCUGUGUCAUUGCCAACAAAGGGUAUAUAACAAAGUAUUGAGAAACUUUUGUUAUUGACCAAAUACUUAUUUUCCACCAUAAUUUGCAAAUAAAUUCAUUAAAAAUCCUACAAUGUGAUUUUCUGGAUUUUUUUUCCUCAUUUUGUCUGUCAUAGUUGACGUGUACCUAUGAUGAAAAUUACAGGCCUCUCUCAUCUUUUUAAGUGGGAGAACGUGCACAAUUGGUGGCUGACUAAAUACUUUUUUCCCCACUGUAUAUUGUGCUGGUUUUUUCAGGUAUCAAACUUGUUCGCUCGAGAUGAAAUUGACGAGAUCAUCAGUGACCUCAUACCAGUCAUGAAAAGAGAGUUUCCUCGGCGACCACCGACCAAUGAGAACCUCCAUGACUACUUUAUGAGCAGGGUCAGACAGAACCUUCACGUGGUUCUCUGCUUCUCUCCCGUGGGGGAAAAGUUCCGGAACAGAGCCCUGAAGUUCCCUGCCCUCAUCUCCGGCUGCACCAUGGACUGGUUCAGCCGCUGGCCCAAAGAUGCUCUGAUCGCAGGUGUGUGUGUGUGUCCGUUUGUGUAUAUGCAUGUGUUUUCGUCUCUGUGUAUGCGCACAUACAGUAUAAAUCUAUACUGCACACUUUAAUAGUGAUUUGCUUCAAUCUCCAAUCUGUUUACUCUCCAGUGUCAGAGCACUUCCUGUCCACCUAUGACAUCGACUGUUCGACCGUGGUGAAGGGAGAGGUGGUGCAGUGUAUGGGCUCCUUCCAGGACGGCGUGGCAGAGAAGUGUGUAGAUUACUUCCAGAGGUACCGCCGCGCCACACACGUCACUCCCAAGUCCUACCUCUCCUUCAUCCAGGGAUACAAGACCAUCUAUAAGGAGAAGCACUCCGAGGUGCAGACACUGGCACACAGGUAAUUACGGUACUUCCUUACUUACUUAAUGCUCUUCGUUACUAUGUGGAACAUACGGCUUCACAGUACACCAUGGUCUAAAGAAAUGAUCGUUGUUUAUCACAGCAUUUCUUAUCUAUUGUAAUGCCGUGUGUCUAUCACAUGAUUGAAUAGAAUACUAGUAUUAUAUAGUAUUAUAUUCUAUAUACCAAUACAUGGUGUCUACUAUACUAUAUUGUGCUCUUAGCAUUCUGCCUUUCAGUCAUCCUUUUACUCAUUAAUAUGUGUUCAAGAAAGAUUAGACCAAAUUUACCUGGUAUACUUGUAUAAUAGAAUGAUUGUUGAUCCCAUUCUGUUUCCCCAUCAGGAUGAACACAGGUCUUCAGAAGCUGAAGGAGGCCUCUGUGUCUGUAGCAUUACUCAGCAAAGAGCUGGAGGUCAAAGAGAAGGAGCUGCAGAUCGCCAACGAGAAGGCAGACAUGGUGUGUGUGUGUGUGUGUGUGUGUGUGUGUGUGUGUGUGUGUGUGUGUGUGUGUGAGUGUGUUUGGUGUAUGUUAGUCCUCUAUCUCUUAAUUCCCAGUCACAGACUUACGAAAUACCAAUACCAGAACUUUGAAGUGUACACAUACUGAACAAAAAUAUAAACGCACCAUGCAACAAUUUCAAAGAUUUUACUGAGUGACAGUUCAUAUAAGGAAAUCUUUAGGCCCUUAUCUACUUAUCUAUCGAUUUCACAUGACUGGGCAAGGGUGCAGCCAUGGGUGGGCAUUGGCCCACCCACUUGGCAGCCAGGCCCACCCACUGGGGAGACAGGCCCAGCCAAUCAGAAUUAGUUUUUCCCCACAAAAGGGCUUUAUUACAGACAGAAAUACUCCUCAGCAACCCCCCUCCACCCCCUCAGACGAUCCCGCAGGUGAAGAAGCUGGAUAUGGAGGUCCUGGGCUGGUGUGGUUACACGUGGUCUGCGAUUAUGAGGCCGGUUGGACGUACCACCAAAUUCUCUAAAACGACAUUGGAGGCAGUUUAUGGUAGAGAAAUUAACAUUAAAUUAUUUGGCAACAGCUCUGGUGAACAUUCCUGCAGUCAGCAUGCAAGUUGCACACUCCCUCAAAACUUGAGACAUUGGUGGCAUUGUAUUGUGUGACAAAACUGCACAUUUUAAAGUUUCCUUUUAUUGUCCCCAGCACAAGGUGCACCUGUGUAAGGAUCAUGCUGUUUAAUCAGCUUCUUGAUAUGCCGCACCUGUCAGGUGGAUGGAUUAUCUUGGCAAAGGACAAAUGCUCACUAACAGGGAUGUAAACAAAUUUGUGCACAAAAUUUGAGAGAAAUAAAGCUGGAAAAUGUAGGAUAUUUUUUAUUUCAGAUCAUAAAACAUGGGACCAACACUAUUCAUGUUGCGUUUAUAUUUGUAUUCAGUGUAUAACGACACAAUAACUCCACACUUUGGAAAAGUUAAAAAAAUAAAGUUGCUUUAUGCAAACCAAAAGAUGCACCUCUCUUCCUGUCUCUCUUGUGAUGGUUUGUUGUGUCUCAGGUGUUGAAGGUGGUGACAGUGAAGGCCCAGGCAGCAGAGAAGGUCAAGGUGGAGGUCCAGAAGGUCAAGGAUAAGGCCCAGGCCAUAGUGGACAGCAUCUCUGCUGACAAGGCCUUCGCUGAGGAGAAGCUGGAGGCUGCCAAGCCAGCCCUGGAGGAGGCUGAGGGUGCACUACAGGUCUGUUGGGAGGGGGCAGAGGGGGCACUACAGGUCUGUUGGGAGGGGGCAGAGGGGGUGAGUGGGGGACAAGGGGGUUCUUCUGAGUAGCAUCAGACCCAGUCAUUGCUUCAAGUUCAGAUCUCCAAUUGUGUUUGGUGUGGCCCUCUCUGACCAUGGAUGCACUUGAUUAAGCUGGAGUUUACACUUUUAAGACAAUUCCAUUGGUUCCAUUGUACCUGGAAAAAUCAGUUUUGACAAAUGUAUUUGACCCAAUUCUUGUCCCUCAACGUCAGGGGUGGGCAACAUACGAGCCCAUUCAUACUGGCCGAGGGGAGGUUUAAAAUAAAAUAAAAAAUAAAAUAGAUUAUCUUGGGAUAAAAAAACACUUCAGGCCACUCUUGAAUGUUGAAAGCUAGAUAGAAAGUAUGUAAAAAAUAUAAUGGACCAAAUAACUGCCGCAAAUUGCCCUCCGCUGAAUUUUGAAAUCCCGACGUGGCCCUCGAGCUGAAAUGAUUGCCCACCCCUGCUCAACGUGGUAGUUCUCUCUCUGUAUAUCUGGUGAGAAUAUUUAGUGAAUGUUCCCUCAGUUACUUAUGCAGUUGUAUUCCUUCCUCCUGUAUUCAUCAGACCAUCAAGCCGUCGGACAUCGCCACGGUGCGGACCCUGGGUCGGCCUCCCCACCUCAUCAUGAGGAUCAUGGACUGUGUUCUGCUGCUGUUCCAGAGGAGGGUGAACACGGUGAAGAUCGACCCGGAGAAGAACUGCACCAUACCCUCCUGGCAGGAGUCCCUCAAACUCAUGACUGCUGGGAACUUCCUGGGCAGUCUGCAGGUAGGAAACAGAUGGCCAGCAUCUAAGUAGUAUUACUUAGAUAAGCAAAUUAAGUAUUACAGUGUGCAGGUACGACAUCUACACACUGUAACCAGACUACACUGUGCAUUUCUACAGUAACAUACUACACUAUAGACACUAUACUACAGGGACAUAUGACCAGGAAAUCAACUCAGGCUCUGUUGUCUCUCUCUAACAGCAAUUCCCCAAAGACAGUAUCAAUGAGGAGAUGGUGGAACUACUGCUGCCUUACUUUGACAUGCCAGACUACACCCUGGAGACGGCCAAGCGCGUGUGUGGAAACGUGGCCGGUCUGGCCUCCUGGACCAAAGCCAUGGCCUCCUUCUUCUCCAUCAACAAGGAGGUGCUCCCAUUAAAGGUGGGUCUAUCCCAGGCAACCACAGGCUAAAUCAAUUUCAGGGGUAUUUCACGAACUUGGUCAAAUCGCUCCAUUGUGUAACACCACCCGCGUCUCUGAUAACCUUUGACAUGUGUACCACAAACUUGCUAAUUUAUUUGUUGUUUCCAGUACAUUUUGUGUCCAGUUAAUAUUUGAUACUGUUCUUCCCUCUUAGGCAAACCUGGCAGUGCAGCAGAACCGGCUGGCCAUAGCCAACAUGGACCUGCAGACGGCCCAGGCAGAGCUGGAUGACAAGCAGGCAGAGCUGGAUGUGUUGCAAGCAGAGUAUGAGAAGGCCAUGAUGGAGAAACAGGUACUGAACACCUCUCUUCUCAUUGUCUUACAUUAAAAAAUAAAUAAAAAAUAUUAUGUUAAAAACAUAUAUUCUCUCUCUCUCUCUCUGCCUCGCUCUCAGACUCUGUUGGAGGAUGCUGAACGCUGCAGACACAAGAUGCAGACAGCCUCUAGCCUCAUCAGUGGUCUGGCUGGAGAGAAGGAGCGUUGGACAGGGCAGAGCAAAGAGUUUGCCGCCCAGACCAAGCGCCUUGUAGGUGGGUUCAUUCAACCCUUUUUUCUCAGCCUUUUUUACAGUAAUAACAGGGCUAACUUUCCCAAAAGCUUUGUAUGACCUUUUGUCCAUUGUCCACAAUUCUCUACAUCUUUUUUUUUUCGGGAAAUGCUCUGAACCGGUUGCUACUGUACCAUAUUUUUCAAUGUGUAUUAGUAUUUUAUCUGUAGUUAUGCUAUACAGUAGGAUGGAGGCGUGAACCAACCAAUGUGUGCUUACUUCCUGGUUCAGGUGACGUCUUAUUGGCCACGGCCUUUCUGUCCUACUCCGGCCCCUUCAACCAGGAGUUCCGGAACCUUCUCCUGACUGACUGGCAGAGGGAGAUGAAGACCAGACGCAUCCCGUUCGGGAACAACCUCAACCUGACCGAGAUGCUGAUCGACGCGCCCACGGUCAGCGAGUGGAACCUUCAGGGCCUGCCCAACGAUGACCUUUCCAUCCAGAACGGGAUCAUCAUCACCAAGGCCUCACGCUUCCCUCUCCUCAUAGACCCUCAGACCCAGGGCAAGAUCUGGAUAAAAAAUAAAGAAUCCAGGAACGAGCUGCAGGUUGGGCUGCAUUCAUUUUCACACUAUUGUCCUCCUUCUCUCCCAUAACUAUGGCCUCCCAUUGUCCAGCCGAUAGAUUUUGUAUGUUUCCGAACAGCGGUUACACUAAUCUUAGGCUUAACUAACCUUUGGAUCUGUCAGAUCUUCCUUCUUGGUCAAGAAACUCUGUGUAAUGCUGUGUCAGUAAUGAGACAUUUUUGUGGUUCCCAGAUCACCUCCCUGAACCACAAGUACUUUAGGAACCACCUGGAGGACAGCCUGUCUCUGGGGCGCCCCCUACUGAUCGAGGACGUAGGGGAGGAGCUGGACCCGGCACUGGACAAUGUACUGGAGAAAAACUUCAUCAAGACGGGCUCCACUUAUAAGGUAUGUACUAUUAUCCUAACCACAUUGUCAAUUAUCACAUGAAACACAUUAUAAUAAUGGGGUUAUUAUCUCUGGGGCUAUUCUCUCUAAUCUAAUACAUCGAGAGCAUAAUUUGUCAAAAUUGAGUUAUUGACAUAACCUUGUUCGGUUCUAUGUUCUCUACCUAUAUAGUACUCUAAAUACCCCAAUUCAUAUGUUGUUAAGUUCAAAAGAAUACACAGCUGACACAAUUCAAACCAAUGAGGCUUCAGAACGUUUAAAGCCAAUUACCUCAGAAUCAUCUUUUUGCAGAUAGAACCUUAUAGUCCCAAGCUCUCAACAUUCAUGUGGCCUAUGUGUUUUAUUUACCCUUAUAACAGUCACUGCGGGCAAAAAUUAGCUUGGUAUGUUAUUCUGGUUGCAAACGACAUCAGGAAAAUAUGUCAUAAUCCUGUUCAGCAGGAUUGAACGUUUUGGAAAGUUUGGAUAGAAAUAGGCUACGUAGAUCAAAGAUGCCUCUCUGACAUGUAGAAUAAGGAAUCACAUCAGCUCUAUUCAUGGCAUUUCUAUCUGCAACGUUCAAGAACGUUUGGCAACUAAACAUGGCCUUGAACCACAUUGACUUUCUCUUUUCCUGCACCAGGUGAAAGUGGGAGACAAGGAGGUGGAUGUGAUGAGGGGGUUCCGUCUUUAUGUGACCACUAAGCUCCCCAACCCAGCAUACACCCCAGAGAUCAGCGCCCGCACCUCCAUCAUAGACUUCACUGUCACCAUGAGGGGUCUGGAGGACCAGUUGCUGGGACGGGUCAUCCUCACUGAGAAACAGGUCAGGAACCACGUCCAAUCAUAUGCUUAUGAAAUCAUGGAGAAAAACAUUUGAAUGUAUCAACAAAAGGUCAUUUUGUUCUAGUUAUUUAAUAGUGAGCCUUUAUUAGAAUUGUACAUAGUGACCGUGACCACCCAUUUUGAAAUGCACUGAAUCACAUGAGCACAGUGCAUGAACCCAGCCAGGUCUGUAUGUAGAGAAGUGUUCAUAUGACCUGAAAAAUCAAUGUCUGUCUUGUUUGUUGGUCUGAACUGUGCUGUUCUGAGCUGUGUCUGACCGGUGCUCCAAUUUGCAUACCGCCCCAACAGAUCCACAGAUGAUGCAAUCUCUAUUGCACUCCACACUGCCCUUUCCCACCUGGACAAGAGGAACACCUACGUGAGAAUGCUAUUCAUUGACUACAGCUCAGCAUUCAACACCAUAGUGCCCUCUAAGCUCAUCACUAAGCUAAGGAUCCUGGGACUAAACACCUCCCUCUGCAACUGGAUCCUGGACUUCCUGACGGGCCGCCCCCAGGUGGUAAGGGUAGGUAACAACACAUCUGCCACACUGAUCCUCAACACGGGGGCCCCUCAGGGGUGCGUGCUCAGUCCCCUCCUGUACUCUCUGUUCACCCAUGACUGCAUGGCCAGGCACGACUCCAACACCAUCAUUAAGUUUGCCGACGACAUAACAGUGGUAGGCCUGAUCACCGACAACGAUGAGACAGCCUAUAGGGAGGAGGUCAGAGACCUGGCCGUGUGGUGCCAGGACAACAACCUCUCCCUCAACGUGACCAAGACAAAGGAGAUGAUUGUGGACUACAGGAAAAAAAAGAGGACUGAGCACGCCCCCAUUCUCAUCGACGGGGCUGUAGUGGAACAGGUUGAGAGCUUCAAGUUCCUUGGUGUCCACAUCACCAACGAACUAUCAUGGUCCAAACACACCAAGACAGUCGUGAAGAGGGCACGACAAAGCCUAUUCCCCCUCAGGAGACUGAAAAGAUUUGGCAUGGGUCCUCAGAUCCUCAAAAAAUUCUACAGCUGCACCAUCGAGAGCAUCCUGACUGGUUGCAUCACCGCCUGGUAUGGCAACUGCUUGGCCUCCGACCGCAAGGCACUACAGAGGGUAGUGUGUACGGCCCAGUACAUCACUGGGGCCAAGCUUCCUGCCAUCCAGGACCUCUAUACCAGGCGGUGUCAGAGGAAGGCCCUCAAAAUUGUCAAAGACUCCAGCCACCCUAGUCAUAGACUGUUCUCCCUGCUACCGGUACCGGAGUGCCAAGUCUAGGUCCAAAAGACUUCUUGUAGAGAAGUGUUCAUAUGACCUGAAAAAUCAAUGUCUGUCUUGUUGUUGGUCUGAACUGUGCUGUUCUGAGCUGUGUCUGACCGGUGUUUCUGCCUGUUGGAGAAGGAGCGUACGGACCUGCUGGAGGACGUGACGGCCAACAAGAACAUUAGUGUCUGAACAGUGUUCUUAUCUAUCCCUGUUAUAUCUAGGAGUUGGAGAAGGAGCGCACAGACCUGCUGGAAGAUGUAACGGCCAACAAGAGGAAGAUGAAAGAGCUGGAGGACAACCUGCUGUAUCGUCUGACCUCUACCCAGGGUUCCCUGGUGGACGACGAGAGCCUCAUCAUCGUCCUGGGCAACACCAAGCGCACCGCCGAGGACGUCACACAGAAACUACAGAUUGCAGCCGAGACCGAGAUCCAGAUCAACACUGCUAGAGAGGAGUACAGACCUGGUGAGUUGGUUGUACUGUGGUUAGGGUAGAGUUAUUCUUGGUACAGACCUGGUGAGUUGGUUGUACUGUGGUUAGGGUAGAAUUAUUCUCGGUACAGACCUGGUGAGUUUGUUGUACUGUGGUUAGGGUAGAAUUAUUCUCGGUACAGACCUGGUGAGUUGGUUGUACUGUGGUUAGGGUAGAGUUAUUCUCGGUACAGACCUGGUGAGUUGGUUGUACUGUGGUUAGGGUAGAAUUAUUCUCGGUACAGACCUGGUGAGUUGGUUGUACUGUGGUUAGGGUAGAAUUAUUCUCGGUACAGACCUGGUGGUUGGUUGUACUGUGGUUAGGGUAGAAUUAUUCUCGGUACAGACCUGGUGAGUUGGUUGUACUGUGGUUAGGGUAGAAUUAUUCUCGGUACAGACCUGGUGAGUUGGUUGUACUGUGGUUAGGGUAGAGUUAUUCUCGGUACAGACCUGGUGAGUUGGUUGUACUGUGGUUAGGGUAGAGUUAUUCUCGGUACAGACCUGGUGAGUUGGUUGUACUGUGGUUAGGGUAGAGUUAUUCUCGGUACAGACCUGGUGGUUGGUUGUACUGUGGUUAGGGUAGAGUUAUUCUCGUACAGACCUGGGGUUGGUUGUACUGUGGUUAGGGUAGAUUAUUCUCGGUACAGACCUGGGUGAGUUGGUUUUACUGUGGUUAGGGUAGAGUUAUUCUCGGUACAGACCUGGGAGUUGGGUUGUACUGUGGUUAGGUAGAGUUUUAUUCUCGGUACGAACCUGAGUCAUUUGUUGUACUGUGGUUAGGGUAGAGUUAUUCUCGGUACAGACCUGGUGAGUUGGGUGGGUUGUACUGUACCAGUUUGUUUUAGGGUAAGGGUUAACCCUAACCAAUCACAGUGCUCUGGUGGAUAGCAACUGGCACCACCUUGUGUUGACUGUUCUUCAGGAGCAAUCUAUUCCUCACACUUUUCAAGUGGCAAGUUUGUUUGAGCAGAGUUGAAUGUAUGAUAAUAUAGAAUGAACGUUGUCUGUCACUCACUGUCUGCCUGUUGUGUGUUAUUGUGCUGCUACAGUGGCCACCAGAGGCAGCAUCCUGUACUUCCUCAUCACUGUGAUGUCCAUGGUUAACGUCAUGUACCAAACGUCACUACGACAGUUCUUGGGAAUCUUUGACCUCUCUCUGGCCAGGUACAGUAGUAAUACACUUUUUCUUAUACAGAAUACCAUACAUUUGUAUUUAUGUAUUUCAUUUUAAUUAUUAGUCCUCAGUGGUUCAGUCAUUUUGUGUAACCAUUGAAUUGAAUGAAUAUAUAAUCAAUGAUUUGUGAAUUGAUAAGUUACACUGGGGGAUUUGUGGUUUUGCAAAGUAUUUUGUAUAGUUGUAGGAGUCGUCUGAUUCUUGAAGUAUAAUAUAUGAAACCAUAGCAACAGUUAUAUUUGAAUGUUAACAUAAUAACCACCACACUAUGCCUUCUCUGAACAGAUCAAUCAAAAGUCCAAUUACCAGCAAGCGAAUAGCGAACAUCAUUGAGCACAUGACCUUCGAGGUGCACAAGUACGCAGCCAGGGGUCUGUAUGAGGAGCACAAAUUCCUGUUUACCCUCCUGCUGACGCUGAAGAUCGACAUGCAGAGUAACCGUGUGAAACACGAUGAGUUCCUCACCCUCAUUAAAGGUGGGAAACAAACUCCAUCCUCCAAUUAAUUCCACCAAUCUGUAGUCCACAGUUAAUUCAGUCAUUGCUGAAAAUGUUGAAUACCAAAAUAUUGUUCAUUGCUCACAGACCAUUGACUUGGAAGGAACCUCCUCUAUCUGUCCUAUGCAGGAGGUGCCUCUCUGGAUCUGAAGGCUUGCCCCCAUAAGCCUGCCAAGUGGAUCUUAGACAUGACUUGGCUCAAUCUGGUUGAGCUCAGCAAACUGUGGCAGUUCUCUGAUAUCCUUGAUCAGGUGUGUUCCCCAUGCAGUGUUUUCUUACACUGCUACUUCAUGUUGUCACACUAAUACCCCCCCCCCCCACCACAGUAAACAACCCUAUUCAUUGUAAUGCUCCUCUGUGAUGACAGUGCUCCUUUUACUCCUCUGAGCUCUGUCAAAUAUGGCAUUGAACUGAGCUGUGUGUGUGUCUGUGUGUGUCCAGAUCUGUCGUAAUGAGAAGCAGUGGAAGGCAUGGUUUGAUAAGGAGGCCCCUGAGGAGGAGGGGAUCCCUAAUGCCUAUGACCAGACCCUGGACUGUUUCCACCGCCUGCUGCUCAUACGCUCCUGGUGCCCAGACAGGACCAUCGCACAGGUACACCUGUACCUCUCAUUGAAUGAUUCAAUCAAUCAAUUCAUUAAUCAAUCAAUCCAAGACAUAAUACUUUAUAAAAUGUCUACGCUUUUUGGUAUUUUCAUCAAAGCUUUGGACUGAGUUUUGAGUAUUUCUACUGCAUAUUGCUUGAAUCUAGUAGCAGGUGACUUUUUAACUAAUGCUUUACCUGUUGUCCUCCAGGCCCGUAAGUACAUAAUGGACUCGAUGGGAGAGAAGUAUGCAGAAGGAGUAAUCCUGGACCUGGAGAAGACAUGGGAGGAGUCAGACCCCCGGACCCCGCUCAUCUGCUUCCUGUCCAUGGGCUCAGACCCCACCGACUCCAUCAACGUCCUGGGGAAGAGGCUGAAGAUAGAGACGCGCUAUGUCUCCAUGGGCCAGGGACAGGAGGUCCACGCACGCAAGCUGCUCCAGCAGACCAUGGCCAACGUGAGUCCUAAACACAGCAUUAUAGUACACACUGACUGGACUCCUAACAGUCAAGUUAUAAUUAUCCUCGUCCCCAGGCUAUUGCGCUUAGUGAGGAAGUCUGGUACGCGAGACUAACUUAUUAGGAAUCAGCGUUCUGCCAUGAAUUGUGGUCCAUGCCAUCUCAUUUGUAAUCAAAUUGGGAAUUAAAAUUGGGAUAGGGAUGGAAUGUGAAUUGAAAUUACCCAUAGUGUUAAUGAAAAUGGAUGUGAUUGAUUUAGACUGUAUUAGACUGUAUAUUAGACUGGAUUAGAAUGGAUUAAAAACGAAAUGGACUAACACCACAUGCAUCUCCCUCACAUUAUUAAUUGAAUUAUAUAAUUAAGGUAGUAAAUAAUUACUCUCCCAAUAUGGACAAUAACGUAUGUAUGAUAUAAUGUUCUAUUCUAUUCCAAAUGCACACACAGGGUGGCUGGGCCUUGCUCCAGAACUGCCACCUGGGACUGGACUUCAUGGAUGCCUGUGGAUUACUACAGAGGUCCACAAACACUUCCCCAUCACACUGCUGCAGAUGUCCAUCAAGUUCACUAAUGAGCCUCCCCAGGGACUGAAGGCAGGGCUGAAGAGGACUUAUGGAGGUGGGUCACACCACAGUUCACACAUACAUAUGCAUGUGUACGCACUUAAACCACAACCCUAAACCACAACCCUUAACCCUUAACCUAGCUUCAUGUCCAAAUCCUGGUUCAACCCUAGCCUCAACCACAACCCUAAUCCUAACCCUAGCAUCAUGUCCACAUCCCAGUUCAUCUCUAACCCUAGAUUCACGUCCAUAUCCCGGUUCAACCUUAGCCUCAGCCACAACCCUAAUCCUAACCCUAGCUUCAUUUCCACAUCCCAGUUCAACCCUAGCCUCAACCACAACGCCAACCCUAACCUUAGCAUCAUGUCCACAUCCCGGUUCAAUCCUAAACCUAGCCUCAACCACAACGCUAACCCUAACCCACCAUUGUUUGUUGCCCCAGGCAUUAACCAGGACCUGCUGGAUGUCAGUAACAUGGUCCAGUGGAGGCCCAUGCUGUAUGGGGUGGUGUUCCUCCAUUCUACAGUCCAGGAGAGGCGUAAAUACGGCCCCCUGGGCUGGAACAUCCCCUACGAGUUCAACCAGGCUGACUUCAACGCCACCGUGCAGUUUGUCCAGAACCACCUGGACGACAUGGACAUCAAGAAGGUAGGUGCAGAGAUGAGAAGCUUCUGCUGUAACUAAGUAAAGCUCUAUCUUCACUUCUCUUUACUGUUAGUACUACUAACUGUCUUCCUAUGUAAGAUAUGCUUGUUCCUGUGUUGAUGGUAGUCUGAUGUCUCCCCAGGGUGUAUCCUGGAAUACAGUGCGCUACAUGAUCGGGGAGAUCCAAUAUGGCGGUAGGGUGACAGACGACUAUGACAAGCGUCUGCUCAACACCUUUGCCAAGGUCUGGUUCAGUGAAAACAUGUUUGGACCUGACUUCUAUUUCUACAAAGGCUACAGCAUUCCCAAGUGUAGCAACGUGGACCAAUAUCUGACAUACAUUCAGGUCAGUCAAUUUUUCACACUCAAAGUCUCUCCUGCAGUUUAAAGUGCUGUGUAACUUGAUUGAAUGAAUGUAGUCAGACUGCAUGAAGAUGUGUACAGUAUAUGUUAUGUGAUGCAUUGAGGCAUUUGGUAACACUUCCUAUGAAUACCUUGUUCAUAAUGCAUUAUAGGCACUUAUAACACCUUAUGAGAUAUCCACAAUGUAUUACACAGUUUACUGUAGUUUGGUAAUGCACAGACAUGCGGACUCUGAUCUGAUGUAUUUUCCCCUGCAGGGCCUACCGGCUUACGACACUCCAGAGGUGUUUGGCCUGCACCCCAAUGCUGACAUAACGUACCAGAGCAAGCUGGUCAAAGAUGUCCUGGACACCAUCCUGUCCAUCCAGCCUAAGGACAGUUCCAGUGGCGGAGGUGAGACCAGGGAGGCCAUUGUGGCCAGGCUGGCUGACGACAUGCUGGAGAAACUACCUCCAGACUACAUACCGUUUGAAGUGAGUAGGACUGGUCUGGAGUUAGCUAACACUACUGGAAAUAAUCACACAUGAUUAAUGAAGUGCUGGCCAUUAAAAAUAGGAUUUCCCAUAAUAACUUGCUGCAACAAGGUAGAUCGUUGAAAAACUCUCACAGGGUGACGCCAAGUCAUCUAACAAUAUCCCAUGCAAUGAAAUUAAUUUCUGAAAUAUGCCCCAUAGUGCAGUGACAUGCACUUUGAAGUUAAUGUUUUUACUGCAACGCAGGUUUACUUUUUAAUGUUCAGAACUGUGGUAUGCAUUUGCAUUCCAAUAUGUUAAGAAUCAAAUAAAAUAAACGUUUAUUUAAAGUGUAAUUUCACAAGAACGUGUUUUCAAUAUAUCCAGGUGAAAGAGAGGCUACAGAAGAUGGGUCUGCUCCAGCCCAUGAACAUCUUCCUGCGUCAGGAGAUAGUCCGCAUGCAGAGGGUCAUCGUGCUGGUCAGGAACACGCUGACCGACCUCAAACUGGCCAUCGACGGGACCAUCAUCAUGAGUGAGAACCUACGGGACGCGUUGGACUGCAUGUAUGACGCACGCAUCCCCUCACGUUGGAAGAAGGUACGUUUAUUACUGGCUCUGGGUACACAUUUAUUACGUUUUCUAUGCAUGUAUUCCAUGUUCUAUUUUCUACGUUCUAUUCCUGUGUUCUAGGCGUCAUGGGCCUCAAGCACUCUAGGGUUCUGGUUUACUGAGUUGCUGGAUAGGAACCGUCAGUUCCAGGCGUGGAUCUUUGAAGGACGGCCCAACUGUUUCUGGAUGACAGGCUUCUUCAACCCACAGGGCUUCCUGACCGCCAUGAGACAGGUACAGACGGCACAUUCAAACAUUCUAAUGCAAUCACAAUUGAACAUACUUACUGACUUGGCUAGGUCACUGAGGUUAUAUGUAGAGGUUGCACACACUACACAGUCAUAGUUGAUCAUGAAGCUACAAAGACAAAGCCAGUCUAUGUAACUCGGUUUUUGUGUGUGUAGGAGAUCACUCGUGCAAACAAGGGUUGGGCCCUAGACCGUAUGGUGCUGUGCAACGAGGUGACCAAGUGGAUGAAGGAUGACAUCACCCAGCCGCCCUCUGAGGGGGUGUAUGUGUACGGCCUCUAUCUGGAGGGGGCCGGCUGGGACAGGAGGAACUGCAAACUCAUCGACUCCAAACCCAAAGUGUUGUUUGAGAUGAUGCCUGUAGUCAGGAUGUAUGCUGAAAACAAUGGUGAGUGCUGUAGUCAGUAGUUACUGUAACUUCCUGGAGCCUCAUAGAACAGUAUCUCAUUCAACUGCACCUGGUUUUCAUCUAUACAUGAUAUGUUGAAUCUGUCAGCGGAAAUUAUAUAACUUUUAGGUAAAUAAUGUGGUCUUCAAUGGUUACAGUACGUCAGACCUACUGUAUGGACAACAUACAGUGAAAAAUAAACGUACAUGUUAACAUCAUGUAUACGUAAUGGAUGUUUAUCAUUGCUGUGGUCAUUUCAGGAGUCAAGGAUGCCCGGUUAUACUCCUGUCCCAUAUAUAAGAAGCCUGUAAGGAUGGACCUGAAUUACAUUGCUGCUGUGGAACUGAGGACUGCUCCACCGCCUGAGUACUGGAUACUACGUGGUGUGGCACUCCUGUGUGAAGUCAAAUAA